AUGGCAUCAUUUGAUUUCGUCAGAGACAAAUUAACUGAGUGGAACCACAGUGACUUGAUUCAGAGGUUUGAAGGUGAAGAUAUUUGUGAUGUAUUAUUAUACAUUGUAUAAUACAUUCUGUAAUAAUACAAUUAUUUAUUUGAUUAAAAUAAUAUAUGUAUUGUACAUUGUAUUAUUAUACAUUAAAAGUAAAGAUAUCACCUCAAUUGUAAACAUGUAUGUUUAUUUGUUAAUUUGAUACAGUCAUUCUUAUUGUCUGAUAUUAAUAUGCCUAAAAUGUAUAUUUCCUGAUUUUCAGAUGAAGAAAUUGAUGAAGAAGGUUUCCUCUCCCUUGAGGAGACUGACCUCAUCAACUUGAUCCCAAAAACAGGACCAAGGUCUAGAUUUAGAAAAAAAUACAACACAUUUCUGAAGGUACUUUACAAACUAGGUGUACAAUAACUACUGUUACACAGAGUGACUGGGUAUGGUCUAUAUUUAUCAGUACUGCAUCAGUAGUGCAGAAUAAACUGUUUGCAUUUAGUUCUCAGCUGUGACAUUUCUAACAUGUCCACUGUACUGGCAUAUUUUUUACAGUUUACAAAUGUCUUAGCAUAACAGGAGAUUUAGUGUUACCCAUGUAGGAUCUUAAUUUGAGUCAGUUUGCUACAGCAUGAAAAUAAUCCUGCAGCAACAGGAAAUGUGAAUUAUUAUGUGCAUUAUAAUUAAUGGACAUUUUUGUAGAGUUUGAUACAUUUUUCGAAAGGGAAAAUCAAGUGUGAAAUUUCAAAGUGUAAAUUAUACAUUUAAGGAGCCUUUUUAAACCUCAAAUACACUACAAGUUUUAAAUGUCCUGCAUUGCAGCAACACAUACAUUUACGUCAUUUAGCAGACGCUCUUAUCCAGAGUGAUUUACAGUUAGUGCAUACACAUUUUGUAUUUUAUUUUUUAAUAAUUGUUUUCAUACUGGCCCCCCAUGGGAAUCGAACCCACAACCCUGGCGUUGCAAACACCAUGUUCUACCAACUGAGCUACAGCUAUAUAAUGUUAGCCUGUGUUCUAACUGCAGUCUGAAAUGUUAUUGUACCUUUCUUGUUCUUUGCUUUACAACUGAGAGUAGCAUGACCACAUUUAAAAUACCCAAAUGCGGGACAAAAGGAUGAUUUUGCGGGGCAUUCGAGUGACAGUGUAGCCUACAUGUAGCUGCACCGAAUGAGCUAAUUGAAGCGCGCCUAUAGGCUACUCCUUUGCCUCGCGCAAAAUUUGGUCAUGCAGAAACGAGAGACCAAAUGUGUGUAUAUUUUAUGAAAAUCUAGGAAUACUUGGCCAAGGAAACAUUGCUGGUUGGUCUCAGGGAAUGUAAAACAGUUAGGAAGGGAGACUUUGAAAACCGAUUGUGUGAAGUAGCAGCAAAUAUGUUAAAUGAGCUUAAUGAACAUAUAGAACCUUACAAGUUAGACAAAAUCAACAAUUAUCUUUUCAGUUUACAUACUUUUGUAGCUCUUCGUCAGAAGCAUGCUUUUUUAACUCCAAGUUUUGGUGGAAUUUAGACCAAAAGGAUUAGACAAAUGUGAUUGGUUGAAGAUAUGACAUUGGCCUUGCGCUGCGCAGAAUAUCAGAUCUCAACAACUGUUGGAGAAGUGUUUAACAUCACCAGAACCACAUCCUUAUGAUAACUUGUCAAAAUCGAAACGUGACUGCAAACAGAGAUCAUGAUUUUUUGGUUGAGGAACGCGGGCCAAAAGGCCAAAAUGCAGAACUGUCCCGCACAAUCCGGGACAUGUGGUCACCCUAACUGAGACAUCUAAUGUUUUCUAACUGCAGAAACGGCAGCAAACCAAUGAUGACAAGAACAUUCAAGAGGCCACUUCUUUAUCAGCCUCCAAGAGCUCCUCAGGAAAUGUACCAUCUUUACCCUCCUCUAUAACCAUUUACAUGAAACCUCAGCCCUAAAGUACAAUUAAUUAACUAAACCAAAUGCAUCGUUUUUAAUUUAGAUAAGCAUACAGACCUUUAUAUUUGUCACCCCUAUAACCCAACAUGGUAUCUGUCCCCAGGUUACUGGUGAGAUGGUCAAUCAAGAGCCUUGUCAAAAGGCCAUAAAAACCCCCCUCAGAAAUGAACCUUCUAAAUGCUCAGAGACUAAAAGGUAAGCAACACAUCAUUCCUUUAUUCAUCACUGACUACAUAUAAUGUCCCGUUGGCGUGGACAAAAUGACAAUUGUUGUGACUCUUUCGCCAGGUCAAUGGAUAAACCCUUUGGUAAACCUGGAGGAAGUGUGCCCGUAACCGACACCUCUGGAGUGGGAGAAACAGUGUAUGACCAGGUGGGUAAAAACUAGAGCUCAUUUAUCUGUGGUCACAGCUAAGGCAGGGGUCAGUGGUGAUCCCAAGGCAUCACUUCUUGGAAUGUUUCAUGCCAUUUAACAGAGAUGUACUAUCAUACAUUAAGAUAUCAGUGCACUCCAGAGGGACUAAGUUAAUAACAAUCAAAUGCACUUAUUAAGCGCUUUAUAUUUCAGUCACUCUUAUGCAGAACAACUUACAGGGAGCAAAUAGGGUUAAGGUUCUCGCUCAAGGGCAAGUGCUUUUUCACCUAGUCGGCUUGGGGAUUCAAACCAGCAACCUUUCAGUUACUCACCCAAUGCUCUUAACCGCUAGGCUACCUGCCACUUUCUCAUAGUCGCAACACUAUACAACAUAGCCAACAUCUAAUCUAUAAACAACAUCAGUCAAAGGUAAUCAGUGAAAACAACAUACAGGAAGAGACCAAAAUUAUUAAAGAAAAUGCAUCUCAAACUAAAGCAAUUGUGCUUUUGUGGAAUGAUUCCUUUGUUAACCUGUUGAUUAUCUAUGUGUUUCUUCAGAGUGAACCCUCAACCAGUAAGAUACCCCCUCUUCAAGUGAAUAUCCCAGGUAAAAAGCACAGAUGUUUCAGAUUUACAUGUUCAGAAAAACAACGCAAAAAUACUAGUUUUAGAAGUUGACAACGAGAAACUUGUAAAGUGAUACUAUAUUUAUUUAUUUUCAAAAAAAUGUAAUACAAAUUACUCAGUUAAUCAUAAGUCAUACUAUUGAAUUAUGAGAGACACUUGCAAGUACCCUUUGUUCCAUGUACCAUAUGCAUAGAGUAAGUAGACAAUUUGAAAUAGUCCUCUGUAGCUCAAUUGGUAGAGCUUGGCGCUUGUAACACCAGGGUAGUGGGUUCGAUCCCCGGGACCACCCAUACGUAAAAAUGUAUGCACGCAUGACUGUAAGUCGCUUUGGAUAAAAGUGUCUGCUAAAUGGCAUAAUAUAUUAGAUUUUUUUCACCGACUGAUACAACUCAUUUGCAUCACAGCAUUGGCUAUAACGAGAUUGGAAGAUCUGUGACUGCUGUUGGAUGAUAUGUGUAUUAAUUAAUAAAAUACUUUCCAAUUGUUUCCAGGAAAAAGGAAAUCUGAUGAGACCCAUGCAAACAAACAAACAAAGAAACGACAAUGUGGUGCUGCUUCCAGAAUAACUGAAACAUUUGGUAUGUGGAUGGUGUUUAUAUGGACCACAAUAAUUUUAACCCUUUACACUUGUGGGAAUUGACCUAUAUGGAUAGGGCUUAAUUGAAUGUUCUUACAGAAGAAAUAUGGAAAGCAUACGCAUAACUAUGGUAGCAAUUAAAAGGGAACAGUUAGGAGAUUAUGGGAAAAUUAUUAGACUAAAGGUGAUGACACAACAGUACACCUGACACAUGACUGAAUUCAAACAUUAUACUGAUUGAUUUUAUGUGCAUUUUACAUUUGCUGUACUAUUUGCCGCAUUUGUUGAUAACAAAAUCGAAAAAAUAAUCUGGAUACAUUUAGUAACGUGAUAAGAAUAAUCUUGGAAAAUUUGGGGUAGGUGCAACAUAAGACAAAACAUUCUAAGGCUUUGAGUGAGAGGACUAACUGAUGUCUCCAAGUGGCCACACACCUCUCCAAAAUGUGCACAGUUCCUAAGUAAUUUCAAUGUACUUUUAUGACUGAAAGAAUAGUCUUCAACGAUAAGGUGCUUUUUUGAGCUCUACUAGCUGUUCCGUUGAGGAACUAGCGCAAGCACACUAGCAGUUUUUUCUGUGGAAAACAGCCCUUCAUCCCCUGAUCACACAAUUACUGAUGUUUACGCGUUCCAAAAACGGUCCAUUAUAAAUCGCAUUCUGGGUCAGGUCGGCAUCAUUUGAAAGCUUGUGCUAUUGCCAACAUGACUAGCUAAAUUAUAAAAUAUUAGGCUUUCACAAGGCCAUUCAGAGUAGACAUGGUUAUUUGAGUGGAGUACUCCUUUAACUCAACACAUGCUGUAAGUUAUUCUAACAUCCGCAUACAGCAAAAGGUUAUGUCAGUUUAUGAUAUAGCAGAUCUGAAUGCCACUCUACAUUCCUAAUUUUUUCCCUGUAAUAUAUUUUCCACCUUUAUAAACACGUUGUGUUUAACUCUGCCAGAUAUUGAAACCAAGACAGAGGUGAAGAAGAUCAUGCAACGUGUCAAAAGCAAACUUGAUGAUCUGCCUUCUACAAAACUCAUUGACUUCCUCAGGUAUGCAUUUUUAAAUGUGGAGAGAAAACACAUGGAGAGAGACGCGUACAGGCCACCAAAUUGCUUUAAUUGUUUUCGUCUUUCAUUUCUAACAGAGGUCAAAUCCAAACGUUGGAGAAAGAAAAAAAAGAGAUAGUGGGUGUUUUUGGGAGGACUGGAGCUGGUAAGAGCUUCUUGAUUAACACCAUCUUGGGUGAAACGAAAUUGCUGCCCUCCGGAAACCAAGGGGCGUGCACCUCGGUCAUGAUUCAGGUGGAGGCCAAUAUGACAGACUCGGACUCAAAAUACAUCGCAGAGAUUGAGUUCAUGACAGAGGAGGUAACAGCAUCUGUUUCAUCUGCUUAUACCCUAAUCUCACAAUGUUUUGGAAGUGGUGUCAUGAUGAACAGUACAAUUAAUGAAAGGCUUCUUUGAAACAUAUCAAGGUAACUAAAUCUAAGAUCUGAAUCAUGGUCUGUCAUUGACCCAAUUAACACCUUGCAUUAAUUUAAAAGAAGAAGCAAUGAUACAAUAUAGCCUAACAUUGCUCGCAAACGUCACAGAUUUGAGGGGGGUUUUCUUGUUAGAUGCACUGGUCCUUUUAAAUUUCAAUUCCAGGUUGCACAUAAAAAUAUUUAAGGGCAUAUCCGGUUUGCUCUGCCCAUAUAGUCAUGCCAAGCAUAAGGAUGUCUUAAUGAGGGGCUGAACUCACUGACUUAGCCUCGUAUUUUCAACUGCUCAUUGAGAAACCAUGAGCGAGAGCUGUCUUGGGGGUGCAGUUGGAUGUGGGUGUGGUAUGUUCGCUAUAGCCUAUCGUUGUGUGUUCCUCUUUAGCCGCUGUAGUUGAACUAUCCCAAACAUACAUCAUACCAACCGCGUGAUGCAGUAUGACAACUUAAACAUGAUUGGUCAAGAAUCCCAAGCGCUGAGCGAAUUUCCUCCUUUCUAUGGUAUCUUUGAUGACUGUUGUGUUUGUGAUGCUAACGUUAGCUCACACAUGUGAGGAUGUUUGAAAUAACGAGGAAGUCUCGUUCUUUCAACAAAACAUUGACUACGAUGUAUGUCUAGUUCGUUGUCUCAUGUAAUGUCCAUCAAAUAAGUCCUGAGAUUCUGUGUGCUAAUGCCUCAAUUGGUUAGCUUUGUGGUCUGUACAGAAAAGGGCGGGUGGUAUGAUGAUUGAUGCUACGAUCGGGUCACUUGCAGCUGUGCUCCGAAUCAAUGAUUAUUUGGGUGCUGCCAGCCGUGGGCAGGGUUGAAAUCUAAACCCAACCCAAGGAAAACUGUUACGCACCCUUGAUUCCUUUCUCAAAUCUCAGUUUUGGAAGAUACUGACCUCAUGAGGAGGUGAAGUCACCGGCGAAAUGGCCGUGCGCUACACAGCGCUGAAGUUGCCUACCACCUGGUUUCACGUGGCAAUGUUCAUCUACAGACACAUUUUGGGCGGGAAAGAGGGAGCGAGCACAGAUUGUGCUAAUCAACGGCAUCUACACAUGAUGUGUGAAUUGCAGGCAAUUGCCACGCGCCAUGUGUUAGAUUUUAAAUGUUUAUAUUUUAGUUAUUUAGCAGACGCUCUUAUCCAGAGUGACUUACAUGAGCAAUUAGGGUUAAGUGCCUUGCUCAAGGGCAUAUGGGCAGAUUUCACCUAGUCAGUUCGGGGAUUCGGACCAGCAACCUUUUGGUUACUGGCCCAACCUCUUAACUGCUAGGCUACCACCCAGCCCACUAGAUAGAAGCAAUCAGCCAUUAGUCAAAAAUAUGACAAAAAUUAAGAAUACGACUGCUGAAGCAAGUCACAUUAAUCAUCCUCUUCCAGAAUAGAGGAUACAGGGUGAUAGUAUGUUGCAGAUAGUAAGCCAGCAGGGUUUGUGGAGCUGGUGAUGAGAAUGCAUACAUAUGUGGUUGCCAUAUGUAGGGGUGUACAUUUGUUAAUAGGUAAACAAAGGAGUUUGCUCCUCUCCUCAAUUGCUUCCUCCAGUGGAGUUAUGAUUAGGUGGAGUAUGCUCAGGUGUAUCCUACUUUUGAAAUCCGAUAGACGUCAGCCUCGGGAUUCCAUUUUUUUUGUUUACAUCACCAAAAAUCAAAACAUAUUGGACAAUUACAGUCAGUUUUUAAAUGUAUGUUAUCAUAUCGUGAGUAUAAGACUGUUUGGUGGAAUACUAUGACUCUGUUAGUUUUGUGAAUUAAUGUUCAACCUUCACUUUAAGUGUUGGUGUGGGCAAUCGGUGACGGCAGGAGAUUGGCGUAACGCUGGACUGUAGCCUCUUGGGCCAUGUGGCCAUUCCCACAUUUCUUGUGUGUAAAUCUUUAGUUUUGGCAUACCGCCUUUUGUUUCCUAUUUGUAUACUGGUCACCAUUUGGGUGGCUAGGUGGUUUCAUAACACAGGACUUAGCUUCAAAUGAAGAUUUAAGGAGAGAGUAUGUAUUACACAUUUGUAAUGGUUUAACAUUUUCUAUUAGGAAUGGAAAGAGGAGCUGUGGUCCAUCUUCAGAGACAGAUCUUAUGAGGAUGGAAAUGAAGACCAGGAAAGGGAUGACGACGACGAUGAAAAGAUAUCAGCUUUGUAUGGAAAAGAUGGACAUGGGGCAACCUUAGAAGAACUAAUGGACAGGAAGCACUUCAGAGAAAUUCCAGAGUUCCGUUUAUCAGUCAAGAAAAUAUUUCUAUGUGACACAGUAAGUUACUGUCAUGCUAGUUCACUUCUGUGAAGAUAGUGUGCUUUGGUGAAAAUCAUUUGUUAAAAAAUCAUUUUAGGAAGGCAACCACAUCUGAUUGGAAAUUAUAUUAAAUCAUGUAUUUAUUCCCUUACCAAAAAAACUGGCUUCUGGCAAACAGUUGUGGCAAACCUUUGUCCAAUUUGGCGCAAAUUUGCAGCAAGCUCAUAUUUUCACAUGCAGAUUAGUUUUGUGGUAAACUACUGCGGCAAACAAUUCUGGGAAACUUGUGGCAAAAUUCUACUGUUUGCUGCAAACACAGUAUAAAUAUGCUAAUUAGAUUUUUGGUUACUGUGUGUUAACAUUGAAAUGUUUUACCUACGUAAACCAAAUCACAUUUUACUUUAAAUUAAGUUGCUUCUCACAAAAAACUAAACAUACUAAAAUUACUAAAUGCAAUUUUUUAACAGAUAAAAAUAAAUCCAAUAAAACUUGAAGUCAGCAUGCUAAUGAAGAUAAGAGCAAAGACCAGAUAUUUCGCAAAUAAAUUGUUUAUUUAGUAUUUUUAUGUACAGUAGCUACACCAUCUACAGUGCCUUCGGAAAGUAUUCAGACCCCUUGACUUUUUCCAAAAUUUUUUGCGUUACAGCAUUAUUAUAACAUUUAUACAAAAAAAUUGUUUUUUCCCCAUCAAUCUACACACGAUUCCCUAUAAUGACAAAGGAAUACAUUUUUAAACAUUUUUUGCAAAUGUAUUACAAAUAAAAAACGGAAAUAUCACAUUUACAAAAGUAUUCAGACCCUUUACUCAGUACUUUGUUGAAGCACCUUUGUCAGCAAUUACAGCAUCGAGUCAUCUUGGAUAUGACGCUACAAGCUCGGCACACCUGUAUUUGGGGAGUUUCUCCCAUUCUUCUCUGCAGAUCCUCUCGAGCGCUGUCAGGUUGGAUGGGGAGCGUUGCUGCACAGCUAUUUUCAGAUCUCUCCAGAGAUGUUCAUCCGGGCUCUUGCUGGGCCACUCAAGGACAUCCAGAGACGUGUCUCGAAGCCAUUCCUGCGUUGUCUUGGCUUUGUGCUUAGGGUCGUUGUCCUGUUGGAAGGUGAACCUUUGCCCCAGUCUGAGGUCCUGAGCGCUCUGGAGCAGGUUUUCAUCAAAGAUCUCUCUGUACUUUGCAUUGUUCAUCUUUGACUCGAUCCUGACUAGUCUCCCAAUCCCUGCCGCUGAAAAACAUCCCCACAGAAUGAUGCUGCCACCACCUAGACACAAUCCUGUCUCGGAGCUCUACGGACAAUUCCUUUGACCUCAUGGCUUGGUUUUUGCUCUGACAUGCACUGUCAACUGUGGGACCUUAUAUAGACACGUGUGUGCCUUUCCAAAUCUAUAAAAUAAAUACCUUCUUUACAUAAGUAUUCAGACCUUUUGCUAUGAGACUCGAGCUCAGGUGCAUCCUGUUUCCAUUGAUAAUCUUUGAUGUUUCUACAACUUGAUUGGAGUCCACCUGUGGUACAUUCAAUUGAUUGGACAUGAUUUGGAAGCUCCGAGACAGGAUUGUGUCAAGGCACAGAUCUGGGGAAGGGUACCAACAAAUAUCUGCAGAAUUGAAGGUCCCCAAGAACACAGUGGCCUCAAUCAUUCUUCAAUGGAAGAAGUUUGGAACCACCAACUCUUCCAAGAGCUGGCCACCACGCCAAACUGAGCAAUCGGGGGAGAAGGGCCUUGGCCUGGGAGGUGACCAAGAACCCGAUGGUCACUCUGACAGAGAUCCUUGAUGAAAGGCUGGACUUGAACCCGAUCAAACAUCUCUGGAGAGACCUGAAAAUAUCUGUGCAGCGAUGCUCCCAAUCCAAUCUGAAAGAGCUUUAGAGGAUCGCAGAGAAGAAUGGGAGAAACUCCCCAAAUACAGGUGUGCCAAGCUUUUAGUUUCAUACCAAAGAACACUCGAGGUUUUAAUCGCGGCCAAAGGUGCUUCAACAAAGUACUCAAUAAAGUACUCAAUAAAGUGUCUGAAUACUUAUCUAAAUGUAAUAUUUCCGUUUUUGUAUUUUUAUAAAUUUGCAUUAUUUCUAAAAACCUUUUUUUGCUUUGUCAUUAGGGUAUUGUGUGUAGAUUGAUGAGGAAAAAAAUAAUGAAUCCAUUUUAGAAUAUGGCCGUAAAGUAACAAAAUGUGGAAAAAGUCAAGGGUUCUGAAUACUUUCCAAAUGCACUGUAUAAGGCUUGGCUUGAAGAAAAGCAACACAUUUGAGUUAUGCCUCAUCAUGUUAUUUUUCAAAAAUUAAUUAUUGUUAACUUCAUAUCAAAGCCAUGCAUGCAAGAAGCCUUGACCUGGUGCACACAUUUCUCUGUCCUCAGUUUGAUUGAAUGCCUCAAUCUGUCUAUUUGUCUUGUAACUGAUUGCUUCUAGAAAGAGAGAAGGAACAACACAUGCUCAAGAUGCGCUAGCUACUCGUUUAAAGCAAUUACAUUUACAUUUUAGUCAUUUAGCAGACGCUCUUAUCCAGAGCGACUUACAGUUAGUGAGUGCAUACAUUUUUCAUACUGCAGCAAUGAAAGACUUCAUUAUUACAAAGAAUGAAUGUAUGGGCUACAUUUAUGAGAAUACAUGCAUUUGCUUACGUUAUUGAGCUUGUCCCCAGCAAGAAAACCAAAAAUGUCACUCAAACAGAAGGGGUAACUAACAAAGAGUCACUUUCCAUCAACCAAAACAGGUAGGGUUUUAGGAGGGUUUCUGAAAGACACUCAUGGGGGUGUCCACUGAAAGUUGACUAGCAACAACAACUGGAACCCAAAAGACACCCACCAUGAGCGGCCCCUAUAUUUGCCAAAGAAGAGGCAAUCAAAAUAAAAAACCCAAACAUAAAGACAGGAAGCAAACCAAAAAGGUGGAGCAAAACAAACAAAUCAGGGAAAUCAAACAAAGGAAUAUUUUUCUAUAAAUCAAAUAGGAAGAGCCAACUAAAGGUGUUGACCCUACACAUCUCUCAACUCAACUGGAACACUGGGCCAGCAACUAUUAAAUAGCACCUGGGCCAGCACAGCUGAAACAUUUUCCCACUAAAGAUAUGGCAACCAGCACAGGUGUAACACAUACUGACUAACGAGGUGACACCAAUCAGUGCGCCUUACGCGCUGAAGUCCAACUUCAAAACAUUAAUGGAAAAACCAAAGCCUGUAACAAGCUUGAAGAUGAUACACUCAUUUAUCCCUCAACAAAAGUGUUAUGAGUGAGUGCACCACAAACAUCUUUCCAGGGUGUUGAUGAAUCCUCCUCCAACACCACAUAUAGGGGAAGGGUAUCCAUCUGCAAAAGUGAAGUCUUGCUUUGAUAUCAAGUCAGCUCAUAUUGUUGCUACCUUAGCUGUUGUGAUAGGUAACAUGCUAAUGAACAGUGACACUAUCAUUUUGACAUGCAAAUUGGUAUUAAAAGACAGCAACGUAUUCACCUACAAAUAUGUGUUUAGGCAUAUCAUUAGUUAGUUAGCUAGCUAUCACAUUAAUUGUGAAAAAAUAUAAUAGCCAACGUUUGCUAGCUAAGCGCUGGCCAGCUAGCUAAGCACUAGCCAGUCAGUGGCGCUGACAGUUUUUAAAACUGGUAUCAACAUAAUGUGUUUCACUCUAUCACAUAAAACAUGACAUUGCUAACUAGGCAUCAAUUAGCUAACACAAUUGUAAAGUUUAUUAGGAAGUUUAUGUUAAAGUUUAUUAGGAGUUUAAGUAAUAAGUUAGACACUCACCGGACAACUUUGGUAGGUAGCUAGCUAGAUAGCAUGAUUUCCAUUUUCCAACAGAUUUUACUAAUCCCCCUGAUUGGUCGUCAAUGGUUACUGGUCUUGGAACUCGUGUUCACCAGAAGCGGCUUCUAGUAAACUGUUUGCUGCUAGUGGGAAUAAAUAUUAUUGUGGCCAAAGGUUUGCCACAGACUCACCACUAGUGGCAAACAUUUGCAAACUUCUGGCAACAUUUUGAGGCACACUAUUUAGUUUGCAGCAAAUUUGCCACAAACUUGCUGGAUGUUUGCCGCAACAAAUUCACUUUUGAAAGUGAUUGCAGGAAAAAAUGGAACUACAUCUUUUAGGCUAUUUGAUCUUUGUCAAAGUGUUAUUUUGGAGAAAAUAACGUUGUUUUUUCAUCAAUGCAUGUAAUGAUGCUUUAUUACAAUUGCAGGCUGAAGAACUCUCUGAAAAGAUAACUUGUUACACAUGGAGUGACACACACAGUGAUACAUUUAAAAGACAGUAUUGGCCGCUUGUGAAGUGUAUAACCAUCAAGGUGCCAAACUCCAAAGACCUGCUGGAGCAUGUUGUGCUGGUUGAUCUUCCAGGCAAUGGAGACUGCAACAAGAGCAGAGAUGAGAUGUGGAAAUCGGUAAUUAUUUACAAUUCUUAUUGAUGAUCCCAUGUUCUGUUUAGAAUUGUAUUCAUGCAACUUCUAAUUUGGUUGGUGUUAGAUCAACAUCACAGGUACAGGGCCAAAUGGCUGGCUAUAUCUAUGUAUUUUAGUUUAUUUAUAUUUAUCUACAAUUGAUUAAACAUAUUUUAAGUUCUAAGUUAAUGUUACACUUCUUCAGUUUGUUGGAAACUGCUCUGCUGUGUGGAUUGUGAGCGACAUUGCAAGAACAACUUCAGAAAAGGAAUCUUGGGAGAUUUUAGACAGCACCGUGAGCCUGUUUGGACCUGGUGGAGAAUGUCGAAGCAUCAGUGUAAUCUGCACCAAGACAGACGACAUUGAGGAGAAUCAAAAGGCUGAUGCACGUACCUGUAUUUUGUGCAGAAAUGAAACAACCAAGAAGCAAGUGAGGGACAAAUUCAACAAACAUAAAGAAGUUAAGGUAAGUUACAUCUGACAUAAAGGAAUCUUCUGUGACUUGUCAACAUGCUCAUACUGUAUUUUGUAGUGGUGAAGAUUUAGGAAUUUCAUGGAAUUACAUGAGAGCAAGACUACAUUGAACACCAGAGCUUUUCAGACAUUUUUGUUGUCUAAUAUACAAAACAAACAACUGCGUAAUAAGUACAUAUUUUUAUUCAUAAUAAGGUAAGACAUUUAUUCUAAUUUGUCAGUCAUAUUCUUCAAAAUGUAUUUGAUUAUUUUAAAUUAGUUGAAGCACAACAGCUUGCAAUAGCACAAUGAAAAUAAAAAUUUUGAGCUUGCAAAAUGUCAGUGUGUGGACUUAAUUGAAUUGGCUGUCAUUGUCUCAUAAAAACCUUUCAGAAACACUUCAGUGGGGGAAAGGAUUUCCUUCAGGUGUUUACUGUGAGUUCCAAGGAAUACCAAAAGGAAAAGCAUUUGCAACAAGAAGAGACAGGUACGAUAACUGAACGUGUUUUUUGAUUCUACGACAUAGAGACAAUUGUGUCCUGUAUUUAUAUGCCUAUGCUUUUUUUGGGGAUUAUUUGUGUGUAUUAUAUUGUUGUAAACUGCUUUACAUAGCAACAAACUUCACUUAAGCAGCAUACCUAUUUCAAUAUGACCUGUCUUAUCUGGCAAAUUUAAACAUGCAAUAUGUCCUAGUCAAGAACAACUCCAAGUGUAACCUGGACCAUAUUAUAGUCAAUAAUGCAGGUUCAUGUUUUCUAUCAAAUAUUGUGGGUAAUGUGUAUACAUACAGCAUGCUAAGCUAUUCUCAUAGCAUCGAAGAACACUGACACCAACCAAAUGUAGAAAUAAAUCUCUUGUUUUUAACUUAUGUUUCAGAAAUACCUAAACUUCAGGAAUUUCUCAGAAAUCUCAACGAUCGUCGCACAAAGACUUCAGAUUAUGUUUCUGGAGCCUAUGGGAUACUCUCUCUGAUACAAGCAGCAAAAAGCAGCAACAUGGUAUUGUACUUUCAGCAGAACAAUAGUAUUUAUCUCAGUUAACAUACCCCUAACAUGUGAAUCAGUGUAUUAUAUUGAGUUUGGAUUUCAGACAGACAGCAAAGAAGAGGUGUGCCAGGUUCUGGAACAGAGGCUCAAGGAGGAGAUCAAGUCCAUUGGUCAAACUAUGGAUGAGGCUUAUGAGACUUUUGAACGAUGCCUCUCAGAAGGAGUUCAACAGUCUGAAGAAUCAUGCGAGCAAUUAAUGAACAAAGUGAUAGCACCAGUAAGCUAUUUUUAAAAAACUUUUUAAGAAUAGCCGCUUUUGCACUGUCACCCUACACUGAGUAUACCAAACAUUAGGAACACCUUUCUAAUAUUGAGUUGCACCCUGCCUCUUUUGCCCUCAGAACAGCCUCAAUUUAUCGGGGCAUGGACUCUACAAGGUGUCGAAAGCAUUUCACAGGGAUGCUGGCCCAUGUUGACUCCAAUGCUUCCCACAGUUUGCUUGAUGAAAAACCCAACAGCGUUGCAGUUUUUGACACAAACCGAUGCGCCUGGCACCUACAGUGGGGGAAAAAAGUAUUUAGUCAGCCACCAAUUGUGCAAGUUCUCCCACUUAAAAAGAUGAGAGAGGCCUGUAAUUUUCAUCAUAGGUACACGUCAACUAUGACAGACAAAUUGAGAAAAGAAAAUCCAGAAAAUCACAUUGUAGGAUUUUUUAUGAAUUUAUUUGCAAAUUAUGGUGAAAAAUAAGUAUUUGGUCAAUAACAAAAGUUUCUCAAUACUUUGUUAUAUACCCUUUGUUGGCAAUGACACAGUUCAAAUGUUUUCUGUAAGUCUUCACAAGGUUUUCACACACUGUUGCUGGUAUUUUGGCCCAUUCCUCCAUGCAGAUCUCCUCUAGAGCAGUGAUGUUUUGGGGCUGUCGCUGGGCAACACGGACUUUCAACUCCCUCCAAAGAUUUUCUAUGGGGUUGAGAUCUGGAGACUGGCUAGGCCACUCCAGGACCUUGAAAUGCUUCUUAAGAAGCCACUCCUUCGUUGCCCGGGCGGUGUGUUUGGGAUCAUUGUCAUGCUGAAAGACCCAGCCACGUUUCAUCUUCAAUGCCCUUGCUGAUUGAAGGAGGUUUUCACUCAAAAUCUCAUGAUACAUGGCCCCAUUCAUUCUUUCCUUUACACGGAUCAGUCGUCCUGGUCCCUUUGCAGAAAAACAGCCUCAAAGCAUGAUGUUUCCACCCCCAUGCUUCACAGUAGGUAUGGUGUUCUUUGGAUGCAACUCAGCAUUCUUUGUCCUCCAAACACGACGAGUUGAGUUUUUACCAAAAAGUUCUAUUUUGGUUUCAUCUGACCAUAUGACAUUCUCCCAAUCCUCUUCUGGAUCAUCCAAAUGCACUCUAGCAAACUUCAGACGGGCCUGGACAUGUACUGGCUUAAGCAGAGGGACACGUCUGGCACUGCAGGAUUUGAGUCCCUGGCGGCGUAGUGUGUUACUGAUGGUAGGCUUUGUUACUUUGGUCCCAGCUCUCUGCAGGUCAUUCACUAGGUCCCCCCGUGUGGUUCUGGGAUUUUUGCUCACCGUUCUUGUGAUCAUUUUGACCCCACAGGGUGAGAUCUUGCGUGGAGCCCCAGAUCGAGGGAGAUUAUCAGUGGUCUUGUAUGUCUUCCAUUUCCUAAUAAUUGCUCCCACAGUUGAUUUCUUCAAACCAAGCUGCUUACCUAUUGCAGAUUCAGUCUUCCCAGCCUGGUAUAGGUCUACAAUUUUGUUUCUGGUGUCCUUUGACAGCUCUUUGGUCUUGGCCAUAAUGGAGUUUGGAGUGUGACUGUUUGAGGUUGUGGACAGGUGUCUUUUAUAGGUGUCAGUUCAAACAGGUGCCAUUAAUACAGGUAACGAGUGGAGGACAGAGGAGCCUCUUAAAGAAGUUGUUACAGGUCUGUGAGAGCCAGAAAUCUUGCUUGUUUGUAGGUGACCAAAUACUUAUUUUCCACCAUAAUUUGCAAAUAAAUUCAUUAAAAAUCCUACAAUGUGAUUUUCUGGAUUUCUUUUCUCAAUUUAUCUGUCAUAGUUGACUUGUACCUAUGGUGAAAAUUACAGGCCUCUCAUCUUUUUAAGUGGGAGAACAUGCACAAUUGGUGGCUGACUAAAUACUUUUUUCCCCCACUGUAUAACCAUACCCUGUUCAAAGGCACUUAAUUGUUUGUCUUACCCAUUCACCCUUUGACUGGCACACAGAAUCCAUGUCUCAAUUGUCUCAAGGCUUAACAAUCCUUCUUUAACCUGUCUCCUCCCCUUCAUCUACAUUGAUUGAAGUGGAUUUAACAAGUGAGAUCAAUAAGGGAUGAUAGCUUUUAGGUGGAUUCACCUGGUCUGUCUGUCAUGGAAAGAGCAGGUGUUCUUAAUGUUUUGUAUAAUCAGUGUAUAUCCGUGUUAGCCAGUUUGUGCUAGCGCCAGAGAAGCUGAAAAUCAAGAGACUCAACCAGGACCCCAAAAGCGAUGUGAUUAUUUAUUGUAACUCAGGUUUGCGUGAGAUAGAUUCAGAAAAGUAAAUGGGAGAAUAAUCUUUCAUAGACAGACGCACGUGUGGGAUGAGACGACUAACGGGGAACUUUGUUCCGGUAAGCAGAGUUUUUGUCAUUGAUCAUUUGGACAAAUCAUGAUUUCGCAGGUGUUCUCAUCUUUCGAAUUUCGGAAGAGGAGGGUACAUUUGGCCAUAUACUUGCCAGUCACUUGCAUAAAAGGGGUGUGGAGCUACCAUCCUGCUUCCGCUCCUCGUUCUAGUAUCUUGUGGAACACGUCUGCCCCCAGAAUUUAAUCAAGCAUUGGACAGAACUAUGCAAGGUUUCCAAAAUUUCUUAAUUUAAUGGGAGAGGGAUAUUUACCAUCAAGCAAAUGCAACAAAUAUAUAUUCAGCAAAACAUGGACCUCUACUGCAUGUUUAUCAACCUCACCAAUACUUUUGACACUGUAAACAGGGAGGGGUUAUGGAAGACCUUCUGUGGUGGUGAUAUAUAUAUAUAUAUAUACACAGUGGGGAGAACAAGUAUUUGAUACACUGCCGACUUUGCAGGUUUUCCUGCUUACAAAGCAUGUAGAGGUCUGUAAUUUUUAUCAUAGGUACACUUCAACUGUGAGAGACGGAAUCUAAAACAAAAAUCCAGAAAAUCACAUUGUAUGAUUUUUAAAUAAUUAAUUUGGACCUUGAGAUGCUUCUUACGGAGCCACUCCUUAGUUGCCCUGGCUGUGUGUUUCGGGUCGUUGUCAUGCUGGAAGACCCAGCCACGACCCAUCUUCAAUGCUCUUACUGAGGGAAGGAGCUUGUUGGCCAAGAUCUCGCGAUACAUGGCCCCAUCCAUCCUCCCCUCAAUACGGUGCAGUCGUCCUGUCCGCUUUGCAGAAAAAAAUCCCCAAAGAAUGAUGUUUCCACCUCCAUGCUUCACUGUUGGGAUGGUGUUCUUGGGGUUGUACUCAUCCUUCUUCUUCCUCCAAACAAGACGAGUGGAGUUUAGACCAAAAAACUCAAUUUUUGUCUCAUCAGACCACAUGACCUUCUCCCAUUCCUCAUCUGGAUCAUCCAGAUGGUCAUUGGCAAACUUCAGACGGGCCUGGACAUGCGCUGGCUUGAGCAGGGGGACCUUGCGUGCGCUGCAGGAUUUUAAUCCAUGACAGCGUAGUGUGUUACUAAUGGUUUUCUUUGAGACUGUGGUCCCAGCUGUCUUCAGGUCAUUGACCAGGUCCUGCCGUGUAGUUCUGGGCUGAUCCCUCACCUUCCUCAUGAUCAUUGAUGCCCCACGAGGUGAGAACUUGCAUGGAGCCCCAGACCGAGGGUGAUUGACCGUCAUCUUGAACUUCUUCAAUUUUCUAACAAUUGCGCCAACAGUUGUUGCCUUCUCACCAAGCUGCUUGCCUAUUGUCCUGUAGCCCAUCCCAGGCUUGUGCAGGUCUACAAUUUUAUCCCUGAUGUCCUUACACAGCUCUCUGGUCUUGGCCAUUGUGGAGAGGUUGGAGUCUGUUUGAUUGAGUGUGUGGACAGGUGUCUUUUAAACAGGUAACGAGUUCAAACAGGUGCAGUUAAUACAGGUAAUGAGUGCAGAACAGCAGGGCUUCUUAAAGAAAAACUAACAGGUCUGUGAGAGACGGAAUUCUUACUGGUUGGUAGGUGAUCAAAUACUUAUGUCAUGCAAUAAAAUGCACAUUAAUUACUUAGAAAUCAUACAAUGUGAUUUUCUGGAUUUUUGUUUUAGUCUCUCACUGUUAAAGUGUACCUAUGAUACAAAUUACAGACCUCUACAUGCUUUGUAAGUAGGAAAACCUGCAAAAUCGGCAGUGUAUCAAAUACUUGUUCUCCCCACUGUACAUGAAGUUAUGAUGUACCAAGUCUCUCGAUUUUCAAAUUUCUCCAGCGAUAGCACGCAUUGGUUCGCACAAAUACAGUUGAAGUCGGAAGUUUACAUAAACUUAGGUUGGAGUCAUUAAAACUAGUUUUUCAACCACUCCACAAAUUUCUUGUUAACAAACUAUAGUUUUGGCAAGUUGGUUAGGACAUCUACGUUGUGCAUGACACAAGUAAUUUUUCCAACAAUUGUUUACAGACAGAUUAUUUCACCUAUAAUUCACUGUAUCACAACUCCAGUGGGUCAGAAGUUUACAUACACGAAGUUGACUGUGCCUUUAAACAGCUUGGAAAAUUCCAGAAAAUGAUGUCAUGGCUUUAGAAGCUUCUGAAAGGCUAAUUGACAUCACUUGAGUCAAUUGGAGGUGUACCUGUGGAUGUAUUUCAAGGCCUACCUUCGAACUCGGUGCCUCCACAAGUCUGGUUCAUCCUUGGGAGCAAUAUCCAAAUGCCUGAAGGUACCACGUUCAUCUGUACAAACAAUAGUAUGCAAUUAUACACACCAUGGAACCACGCAGCCAUCACACCGCUCAGGAAGGAGACGCGUUCUAUCUGAAUGAACGUACUUUGGUGCGAAAAGUGCAAAUCCCAGAACAACAGCAAAGGACCUUGUGAAGAUGCUGGAGGAAACCGGUACAAAAUUAUCUAUAUCCACAGUAAAACGAGUCCUAUAUCGACAUAACCUGAAAGGCCGGUCAACAAGGAAGAAGCCACUGCUCCAAAACCACCAUAAAAAAGCCAGACUACUUUGCAACUGCACAUGUGGACAGAGAUCGUACUUUUUGGAGAAAUGUCCUCUGGUCUGAUGACACAAAAAUAGAACUGUUUGGCCAUAAUGACCAUCGUUAUUUUUGGAGGAAAAGGGGGGACUUGCAAGCUGAAGAACACCUUCCCAACCGUGGUCCUCUGUAGCUCAGCUGGUAGAGCACGGCGCUUGUAACGCCAAGGUAGUAGGUUCGAUCCCCGGGACCACCCAUACACAAAAAUGUAUGCACGCAUGACUGUAAGUCGCUUUGGAUAAAAGCGUAUGCUAAAUGGCAUAUUAUAUUAUUAUUAUAUUAAGCAUGGGGGUGGCAGCAUCAUGCUGUGGGGGGGCUUUGCUGCAGAAGGGACUGGUGCACUUCAUAAAAUAGAUGGCAUCAUGAGGAAGGAAAAUUAUGUGGAUAUAUUGAAGCAAGACAUCAGUCAGGAAGUUAAAGCUUGGUCGCAAAUGGGUCUUCCAAAUGGACAAUGACCCCAAGCAUACUUCCAAAGUUGUGGCAAAAUUGCUUAAAGACAACAAAGUCAAGGUAUUUGUCACGAUCGUCUAUGAAGUAGGACCAAAGCGCAGCGUUGGUAGCGAACAUAUUUAUUAUUUAAACGUACACACGAACAAAACAACGAAAACGUGACGUCUAUGGUACAACAUGAAACCACACGAACAAAAUCCCACCAACACAAGGUGAACACAGACAGUUUAAAUAUGGCUCCCAAUCAGAGAUAACGAGCCGACAGCUGACACUCGUUACCUCCGAUUGGGAGUCAUUGACCAAAUAAGGGAAACACAAAACCAAUGACCACCCAACCAAAACAAAACACAACCAAAACGAACACACCCUGGCUCAAAAUACAAAGUCCCGGAGCCAGAGCGUGACAGUACCCCCCCCUAAAGGCGCGGACUGCGACCGCGCCUCAAAACCCCAAAUAGGGGAGGGCUGGGUGGGUGUUGCUCCUCGGAGGCGGCUCCGGCUCCAGGCUUGACCACCACCCUACUUCAAUCCCCGCAUAAUGGCCCCGAUCCGAUCUGACCCAGCUGGCUGGAUCAGGACUGACGACGCGCACCCCUGGCUUAGCGCGUGAGGCAGGAACGGACCGGACCUGGCUGACGAUACGCACCCUAGGCUUGGUGUGUAGAGCCGGAACGGACCUCACCAGGCUGACGACUCGCAUCCCUGGCUUGGUGCGAGUAGCAGGAAUGGGCUGGACCGGGCUGACGACUCGCACCCUUGGCUUGGUGCGAGUAGCAGGAACAGGCCGGACCAGGCUGACGACUCGCACCCUUGGCUUGGUGCGAGUAGCAGGAACGGGCUGGACCAGGCUGACGACUCGCACCCUUGUCUUGGUGCGAGUAGCAGGAACGGGCUGGGCUGGGCUGGCGACGCACACCGUAGGCUCUGUGCGUGGAGCAGGAACAUGCCGGGCCGGUCCGGCGACGCACACCGUAGGUUUCGUGCGUGGAGCAGGAACAGGCCGGGCCGGGCUGGCGACGCACACCGUAGGUUUUGUGCUUGGAGCAGGAACAGGCCGGGCUGGGCUGGCGACGCGCACCACAGACUCGGUGCAGAGCGCAGGAACGGGCCGGGCUGGGCUGUCGACGCACACCGUAGGUUUGGUGCGGGGAGCAGGAAUAGACCGGACCGUACUGGGGACACACACCAGUGGCUCUACACCGGGAUCUGGAACGGGCCGGACCGGACUGGCAACACCCGCCAGUACCUCUCGCCGUGCCUCUACUCCUUCCAUCCCCUCUUCUACCAGUGGCCCCCGUAACCUGGCGGCCUCCUCUGCAACCCCGCUGGACCGCUCCAUAGCGGCCUCCUGCUGCCCCGAUGUCGUGAGCCCCCCCCUAAAAAUUUUCUGGGGGUCUCUCCAGGCCUCCAACAUUCUCUCCCACCUCUCGCUCCUCUGUCUCCAACCCUCCUCACUCAACUCCUCAAUGGGCUUGAUCCAGUCGAAGCUGCCACGGAGAUCAUUUGGCGAUGGCCCUUGGACACGCUGCUUGGUCUGGUCUUGGUGGGAUUUUCUGUCACGAUCGUCUAUGAAGUAGGACCAAAGCGCAGCGUUGGUAGCGCACAUAUUUAUUAUUUAAACGUACACACGAACAAAACAACGAAAACGUGACGUCUAUGGUACAACAUGAAACCACACUAACAAAAUCCCACCAACACAAGGUGAACACAGACAGUUUAAAUAUGGCUCCCAAUCAGAGAUAACGAGCCGACAGCUGACACUCGUUACCUCCGAUUGGGAGUCAUUUGACCAAACACAACCAAUGACAAACCAACCAAACAAAACACAACCAAAACGAACACACCCUGGCUCAAAAUACAAAGUCCCGGAGCCAGAGCGUGACAGUAUUGGAGUGGCCAUCACAAAGCCCUGACCUCAAUCCCAUUGAACAUUUGUGGGCAGAACUGAAAAAGUGUGUGCGAGCAAGGAGGCCUACAAACCUGACUCAGUUACACCAGCUCUGUCAGGAGGAAUGGGCCAAAAUUCACCCAACUUAUUGUGGGAAGCUUGUGAAAGGCUACCCAAAACGUUUGACCCAAGUUAAACAAUUGAAAGGCAAUGCUACCAAAUACUAAUUGAGUGUAUGUAAACUUCUGACCCACUGGGAAUGUGAUGAAAUAAAUAAAAUAUGAAAUAAAUAAUUCUCUCUACUAUUAUUCUGACAUUUCACAUUCUUAAAAUAAAGUGGUGAUCCUAACUGACCUAAGACAGGGACUUUUUACUAGGAUUAAAUGUCAGGAAUUGUGAAAAACUGAGUUUAAAUGUAUUUGGCUAAGGUGUAUGUAAACUUCCGACUUCAACUGUAUACCGUAGGCUCGCACGAUACUGGAAAAGCAGCUAUUGAAGACAUACUCAUGCAUGAGCUUCAAUUCCAUACAACACUCCUUCAGUAGCCUCCAACUGCUCUUAAACACUAGUAAAACAAAAUGCAUGCUCUUCAACCGAACGCUGCUUGCACCCGCCCACCCGACUAGAAUCACUACUCUAGACGGGUCUGACCUAGAGUACGUGGACAACUACAAAUAUCUAGGUGUCUGGUUAGACUGUAAACUCUCCUUCCAGACUCACAUUAAGAAUCUCCAAUCCAAAGUUAAAUCUAGAAUCGGUUUCCUAUUUCGCAACAAAGCCUCCUUCACUCAUGCUGCCAAACAUGCCCUCGUAAAACUGACUAUCCUACCGAUCCUUGACUUCGGCGAUGUCAUUUACAAAAUGGCCUCCAACACUCUACUCAGCAAAUUGGAUGUUGUCUAUCACAGUGCCAUCCGUUUUGUCUCCAAAGCCCCAUAUAAUACCCACCACUGUGACCUGUACGCUCUUGUUGGCUGGUCCUCACUACAUAUUCGUCGCCAAACCCACUGGCUCCAGGCCAUCUAUAAAUCACUGCUAGGCAAAUCCCCGCCUUAUCUUAGCUCAUUGGUCACCAUAGCAACACCCACCCGUAGUCUGCGCUCCAGCGGGUAUAUCUCACUGGUCAUCCCCAAAGCCAACACCUCCUUUGGCCGCAAUUCCUUCCAGUUCUCUGCUGCCAAUGACUGGAACAAAUUGCAAAAAUCUCUGAAGCUGGAGACACUUAUCUCCCUCACUAACUUUAAGCAUCAGUUGUCAGAGCACCUUACCGAUCACUGCACCUGUACACAGCCCAUCUGAAAUUAGCCCGCCCAACUACCUCAUCCCUAUAUUGUUAUUUAUUUUGCUCAUCUGUACCCCAGUAUCUCUAUUUGCACAUCAUCUCUUGCACAUCAUUCCAGUGUUAAUACUAAAUUGUAAUUAUUUUGCACCAUAGCCUAUUUUAAUUGCCUUACCUCCAUAACUUGCUAAAUUUGCACACUGUAUAUUAAUUGUAUUUCUGUUGUAUUUUUUGAUUUUUGUUUUGUUUUACCCCAUAUGUAACUCUGUGUUGUUGUUUUUAUCGCACUGCUUUGCUUUAUCUUGGCCAGGUCGCAGUUGUAAAUGAGAACUUGUUCUCAACUGGUUUACCUGGUUAAAUAAAGGUGAAAUAAAAUAAAAUAAAAAAAUGACAGAUUUCCAAUGCUGUGCUGUUGAAAAUGUCUAACAUAUUUUCUUUUUUUUUCCCCAGAGAGGGAAAAAAGGCAGUGGACAUCAUAAAGUAGUGAAGACCUUAUGCAAUAAUGGCGGCGUUUAUAAACCAAAAGGGAAAAAGGAAAUAAACCUUAAUGAGAGUUUAGCCUCAUGUAUGAGAAGUCUCAUUGAUGAAGAGUUUAAGAGAUAUUUCCCGUAAGUAAUAUAAUCAUUAUCUAAAUAUAUAUGUGCAUUUGGAAAGUAUUGACUUUUUCCAGUCAAGUCUUUUUUUCCCUUAUCAAUCUACACACAAUACACCAUAAUGACAAAGUGAAAACAGGUUUUUUAGAAAUAAAUAAAACAUGUAAAACAUCAAUACCUUAUUAACCUAACUAUUCAGACCCUUUGCUAUGAGACUCGAAAUUGAGCACAGGUGCAUCCUGUUUCCAUUGAUCAUUCUUGAGAUGUUCCGAGAUAGGAAUGUGUGGUCUGAUGAAAACAAGAUUGAACACUUUGGCCUGAAUGCCAAGCGUCACGUCUGGAGGAAACCUACGGUGAAGCAUGGUGGUCGAAAAAUCAUGCUUUGGGGAUGUUUUUCAGCGGUAGGGACCGGGAGACUAGUCAGGAUCGAGGGAAAGAUGAACGGAGCAAAGUACAGAGAGAUCCUUGAUGAAAACCUGCUCCAGAGCGCUCAGGACCUCAGACUGGGGCGAAGGUUCACCUUCCAACAUGUCAACGACUCUAAGCACAUCGGCAAGACAACACAGGAGUGGCUUCAGGACAAGUCUCUGAAUGCCCUUGAGUGGCCCAGCCAGAGCCCGGACUUGAACCCGAUCUAACAUCUCUGGAGAGACCUGAAAAUAGCUGUGCAGCGACUCUCCCCAUUCAACCAGACAUUGCUUGAGAGGAUCUACAGAGAAACACUAUGCACCUGAGCUCAAUUUUGAGUCUCAUAGCAAAGGUUCUGAAUACUUAUAUAAAUAUGGUAUUUGUUUUUUAUUUUUAAUACAUUUGCAAACAUUUCUAAAAACCUGUUUUCGCUUUGUCAUUAUGGAAUAAUGUGUAUAAAAAUGAUUUUAGAAUAAAAUGUGGAAAAAGUCAAGGGGGCUGAAUACUUUCCAAAUGCACCGUAUACAAUUUUCUAGCUCUGAAUCUCUACUUGUAUCCAAUGUAAAAAAACACAAUUUCAAAUUUUGCUACAUAAGACCGAAUCGAGGCGGUGAGUCACAAAUCGUGGAAAUGUUUUUAUAUAUUUCUGGUGUUCAUUUAAGGUCAUUUAAUGUCUAAAAACCUGUUUGCUCGUUAUCAUUAUGAGGUAUUCUGUGUAGAUUGAAGAUUAAUUGUUUUUAUUUAAUCAAUUUUAGAAUAAGGCUGUAACGUAACAAAAUGUGGAAAAAGUCAAGGGGUCUGAAUACUUUCCGAUUGCACUGUAUAUAAUACACAUGGAAUGAUAAGGGCCUUGACUCAAAUCUAGUAACCAUCUUUCUGAUUUGGCCGUUUGUGUUUCAGAAACGAGGGCAAACGUGGGCCAAUCAAGGAGCGGAUUGAUACAUUCACCCUUGACACCAACAGCUUGGUUGGGGAGCACCCGGAAGUGUCACUGCAUCUGACAUUCCUCAAGACGGAGGUAAGGUUUAAAAACAAAUCAGUAUUGAGGCCGAUACGUAAAGCUUAAUUAACAACAAUGAUACUAGCAAGAGCAUUGUUCGGGUUUCUCUUGUCUUUCCCGAGUGGCGCAGUGGUCUAAGGCACUGCAUCGCAGUGCUAGCUGUGCCACUAGAGAUCCUGGUUCGAAUCCAGGCUCUGCUGUUGCUGGCUGCAACCGGGAGACAAUGGGGCGGCGCACAAUUGGCCCAGCGUCGUCCAGGGUAGGGGAGGGAAUGGCCGGCAGGGAGGUAGCUCAGUUGGUAGAGCAUGGCGUUUGCAACGCCAGGGUUGUGGGUUCGAUUCCCACGGGGGGCCAGUAUGAAAAAAAGAAAAAAAACUAAAGAAUAAUGUAUGCACUAACUGUAAGUCGCUCUGGAUAAGAGCGUCUGCUAAAUGACGUAAAUGUAAAUGUUAUUCAAUUGUUACCAUGCACCUGCAACAAAGAUACAGUGCCUUGCAAAAGUAUUCAUCCCCCUUGGAUUUUGUUGCAUUACAACCUGUAAUUUAAAUUUAUUUUUAUUAGUCUAAAUUGGUGAGUGAAAUGAAGAAAAUAACUUGUUUCAAAAAAGUAUAAAAAAUAUACAACAGAAAAGUGGUGCGUGCAUAUGUAUUCACUCCCUUUGCUAUGAAGCCCUUAAAUAAGAUCUGGUGAAACCAAUUAACUUCAGAAGUCACAUAAUUAGUUAAAUAAAGUCCACCUGUGUGCAAUCUCAGUGUAUAUAUAUACACCUGUUCUAAAAGGCCCCAGAGUCUGCAACACCACUAAGCAAGGGGCACCACCAAGGAAGUGGCACCAUGAAGACCAAGGAGCUCUCCAAACAGGUCAGGGACAAAGUUGUGGAGAAGUACAGAUCAGGGUUGGGUUAUAAAAAAUAUCAGACACUUUGACCAUCCCACGGAGCACCAUUAAAUCCAUUAUUAAAAAAUGUAAAGAAUAUGGCACCACAACAAACCUGCCAAGAGAGGGCCGCCCACCAAAACUCACAGACCAGGCAAGGAGGGCAUUAAUCAGAGGCAACAAAGAGACCAAAGAUAACCCUGAAGGGCUGCAAAGCUCCACAGCGGAGAUUGGAGUAUCUGUCCAUAGGACCACUUUAAGCCGCACACUCCACAGAGCUGGGCUUUACAGAAGAGUGGCAAGGAAAAAGCCAUUGCUUAAAGAAGAAAAUAAGCAAACACGUUUGGUGUUCGCCAAAAGGUAUGUGGGAGACUCCCCAAACAUAUGGAAGAAGGUACUCUGGUCAGAUGAGACUAAAAUUGGGCAAACCCAACACCUCUCAUCACCCCGAGAACAUAAUCCCCACAGUGAUCCCCACAGUGAAGCAUGGUGGUGGCAGCAUCAUGCUGUUGGGAUGUUUUUCAUCGGCAGGGACUGGGAAACUGGUCAGAAUUGAAAGCGUUAUGGAUGAAGCUAAAUACAGGGAAAUUCUUGAGGGAAACCUGUUUCAGUCUUCCAGAGAUUUGAGACUGGGACGGAGGUUCACCUUCCAGCAGGACAAUGACCCUAAGCAUACUGCUAAAGCAACACUAGAGUGGUUUAAGGGGAAACAUUUAAAUGUCUUGGAAUGGCCUAGUCAAAGCCCAGACCUCAAUCCAAUUGAGAAUCUGUGGUAUGACUUAAAGAUUGCUGUACACCAGCGGAACUCAUCCAACUUGAAGGAGCUGGAGCAGUUUUGCCUUGAAGAAUGGGCAAAAAUCCCAGUGGCUAGAUGUGCCAAGUUUAUAGAGACCCCAAGAGACUUGCAGCUGUAAUUGCUGCAAAAGGUGGCUCUACAAAUUAUUGACUUUGGUAAUAUUUGAAGAUUUUGCAUCUUCAAAGUGGUAGGCAUGUUGUGUAAAUCAAAUGAUACAAACCACCCCAAAAUCCAUUUUAAUUCCAGGUUGUUAGGCAACAAAAUAGGAAAAAUGCCAAGGGAGGUUGAAUACUUUCGCAAGCCACUGUAGAAGAUGGCUCAGAUGUGCGAGUGCCUUUUUGAAACUAAAUCAGGAAAUGCAACAUUGAAAUAUUAAGGAAACCACUUAAUUAGUUUCUAUCUGAAAGGAAACUGAGUUGAAGGCAAAACUAAUCUGUGACCUCCGCGAGAAAAAGAAAAUAAUCUACUCCACUCUAUCCGAGUCAAUCAAGGACACCAUGCAUCGAUGCUAUAUAAGUAAGUCUUAAAAUGAAAAUGUUUUAGCUGAGUUAAAGUGUUGUGGCCUAGUUAUGAAAAUUAUAAUGAUAUUUGGGAAGUAACAAGUUUUCAAACAUAUUUAGAAUGUAUUAAUAGCAGAUGAAGUCAUACAAUGGUUUUGGAAACAAUAUGAUGACUGUGUUUUAGGGGCAUCAGAGUAUACAGGAAAAGAUUCUCUAAAAAGGAUGAAAGAUGAGCUACACUAUCACAUGAAGAAUAACAACAUUUUCCAGAAGGCCAAGGAAGAUAUGCUGGUUCGUUUAACCAACCUGAAGGUUUGAAACAUUGUACAGUAGAGUUAGAGUUCGAAAAAUGCAUUUAAGUGACACUCAACAAUGAUACAAUAAUACAAAAUACUGAUAUAAAAGUAUAAUAACACAUUGUGGACCACUGGAAUUGAGUUUCGACGCACUAAAAACAAUCAUGGUCAAACAUGGUACAGGCUUAAUCUAUAAUACUAUAAUUACAUCAUCUAUACAGAUGGAUGCAUAAAAACAAAUAAUAAAAGAGUAAAGAUUUACUUGGACUACAUAUCGAUAAUGCAUUUAUUACAGAUCUAUAAGCAUUUCACAAACUUGUUAUCACAGGUCCCAACCGCAUCAAUAAAGAUUAAUGAAAUAUAUUAAUAUCAUAUAUAUAUAGCACAUUCGUGUCAUACUAUGCAAAAGCUGAUAUUUAGGUACAGUAUCUUAAUAAAAGCAACAUUACAAUGACAGCCUAGUGUCAUCAUUAUGGCUGUUCUCAAACGUGUGCUUCUGCCAUACCAGUGUUAGAGACCACGUAUUGAAAAUGAUGCUGAUAUGUAGCAUGUACCAGCCCCAUUUCUCCCAACGGCCGCUAUAGCCAUUACUUACCUUCUUCUUCCUCUCACUGAGGUCAAUGGUGCAUGAAGAUCCCAACAGGGUUGAAUCCCUAGGGUACAUUUUAUGGAUCAAAUUGUGUAGUUGAGGGUCAUAACAUAACUCAUUAACAGGCCUCCACAUCACAAUGAAGUUGGUCAUACUGUUCUAUAACGCACACAUUAAGGGUCUAUGUAUGCAGUCAAAGUAAAGUAAAAUCUAUUUUCCCAUUCAUAAAGCAUUUAUAGCUAAGCAUUUCAUGGUAAUUAACUCUGCAGUUUGCCACUCAGAUCUAUAAUACCAACAAUAAAAAUCUGUGUAUGAAUUUUAUGCAGUUAAUGUACAGUCAUAUCUAUUUUCUCAUGCAUAAAGCAUUUAUAAAUAUGCCUUAUCAAAAAGAAUACAGACAGAUUCCGGGUGACGGCCUAGAUUCAAAACAUACGAUCUUCAAAGGUCGUCACUAUUUUCCACAAAGUCAUAAACCCGCCUAUUUUCUACCAUUUAUCUUCUUAAAAUCUGAUUUUAAACCUAACCCUAACUUCAACCCUAACCUCAAUCACACUGCUUAGCUUAUGCCUAACCCUAACGUUAAAUGAACACCACAAAUACAGUACCAGUCAACAGUUUGGACACACCUACUCAUUCAAGGGUUUUUCUUUAUUUUUACAAUUUCCUACAUUGUAGAAUAAUAGUGAAGACAUCAAAACUAUGAAAUAACACAUGAAAUCAUGUAGUAACCAAAAAAGUGAUAACCAAAUCAAAAUAUAUUUUUGAUUUUACAUUCUUCAAAGUAGCCACCCUUUGCCUUGAUGACAGCUUUGCAAACUCUUGGCAUUCUCUCAACCAGCUUCACCUGGAAUGCUUUUCCAACAGUCUUGAAGGAGUUCCCACAUAUGCUGAGCACUUGUUGGCUGCUUUUCCUUCACUCUGCGGUCCAACUCAUCCCAAACCAUCUCAAUUGGGUUGAGGUCGGGUGAUUGUGGAGGCCAGGUCAUCUGAUGCAGCACUCCAUCACUCUCCUUCUUGGUCAAAUAGCCCUUACACAGCCUGGAGGUGUGUUGGGUCUUUGUCCUGUUAAAAAACAAAUGAUAGUCCCACUAAGAACAAACCAGAUGGGAUGGCGUAUCGCUGCAGAAUGCUGUGGUAACCAUUCUGGUUAAGUUUGCCUUGAAUUCUAAAUAAAUCACUGACAGUGUCACCAGCAAAUUACCCCCACACCAUCACACCUCCUCCUCCAUGCUUCACGGUGGGAACCACACAUGCAGAGAUCAUUUGUUCAGCUACUCUGAAUCUCACAAAGAUGGCGGUUGGAACCAAAAAUCUCAAAUUUGGACUCAUCAGACCAAAGGACAGAUUUCCACUGGUCUAAUGUCCAUUGCUCGUGUUUCUUAGCCCAAGCAAAUCUCUUCUUCUUAUUGGUGUCCUUUUAUUAGUGGUUUCUUUGCAGCAAUUUGACCAUGAAGGCCUGAUUAACACAGUCUCCUCUGAACAGUUGAUGUUGAGAUGUGUCUGUUACUUGAACUCUGAAGCAUUUAUUUGGGCUGCAAUUUCUGAAGCUGGUAACUCUAAUGAACUUAUCCUCUGCAGCAGAUGUAACUAUGCUUAUUUGAGCUGUUCUUGCCAUAAUAUUGACUUGGUCUUUUACCAAAUAUGGCUAUCUUCUGUAUUCCCCCCCUACCUUGUCAUAACACAACUGAUUGGCUCAAACGCAAUUCCACAAAUUAACUUUUAAAAAGGCACACCUGUUAAUUGAAAUGCAUUCCAGGUGACUACCUCAUGAAGCUGUUUGAGAGAAUGCCAACAGUGUGCAAAGCUGUCAUCAAGGCAAAGGGUGGCUACUUUGAAGAAUGUGAAAUUAUGUUUAACACUUUUUUGGUUACUACAUGUGUUAUUUCAUAGUUUUAAUGUCUUCACUAUUAUUCUACAAUGUAGAAAAUUGUAAAAAUUAAGAAAAACCCUGGAAUGUGUAGGUGUGACUAAACUUUUGACUGGUACUGUAUAUAAAAAUAUGAAAUUCUACAAGAUGUGACUCACCGCCUUGAUUCGGUCUUACCGAGCAACAUUUGAAAUUGUGUUUUUUACAUUGGAUAGAAGUAGAGACUCAGAGCUAGAAAAUUGUAUGUCACACACUGUAGUUGAGGAACAAUGGGAAAGUAUCAACUUUCAAAGCAGAAUUAAUGGCCUUUGAAUGUUUUGGUGCGCCUACUGGAGAGCUCAACUCUACUUUGUCAACACCCAUUCAGCAUCGUUCACACCCUCUUAAGCCUUAGCCCCACCCAUCUCUUUAAGGAUUCACAUGUGAGGCCAUGUGCUAAACAUAGUGAGUAGUGUAGUCAACAACCAAAGAUUAAAACUAAAUGUUGUGAAAGUAGUAGAAAAAAGUAGUUGUAAAAAUAUCCUGUAUCCUAAUCUGACUUUGGUGCAGGUCAUGUUCUUCACAUUACCGUCUCUUGUAAACACUACUAUAUCAAAAGUGUAAAAUCAAAGUGUAUUUUUCACAUGCACAGGAUACAGAAGGUGUAAACGGUACAGUAAAAUGGUUACUUGUGUAACAGUGUUGCUUCCAUCCCUCUCCUCGUCCCAAACUGGGCUUGAACCAGGGACACUCUGCACACAUUGCCUACAGUCACCCUCUAAGCAUCGUUACCUAUCACUCCACAAAAGCUGCGGUCCUUGCAGAGCAUGGGAAACAACUUCUUCAAGGACUCAGAGCGAGUGACGUCUCCGAUUUCACACCGGUUACACUUGCAUAUUUGCAUAGUAGCAACAGCAAAAAUAUAUCUAUAAUAUAUGAAAAUGUAGCUAGACCCUUACCCGUAUACAUGGAUGAAAGCUUCACGGCAGCCAUUUAACUAAGUUUUGUUUGUGGUUACAUUUUGUGUGGCCCACGUUGUCAAGUCACUCCGGUUCACACUGACCUUAGUAGUAGUCCAUCACAACUUUCUUUGUCGAUAGCACCUGCUGAAAUUCAGGGCAGCAGUGUUGUUGAGAGCAGUCCAACGUUAUAUAAAAAAAGACGCAGUAGACAGGAUUAUCGUGAAAGUGACAAACUGAAACGUUUUCAUUUUUGUCAAAAACUACUUUAUAUCGAAGAUGUCUUUCAUUUGACGGCCUGCAAAUACGCAGUUUGGCACGAGUCGACUGUUAGACCCAAUGACGUGUUUCUACGCAUGAGCUUAGCUAGACAACGUUGCCAUGAUUUUGCAUACAAGUGUGAUCGGGGAUUUCUAUUGGAGAAGCAGUUUCUUCCUAUCUUCAUACUGUACUGUCUUUGCCUUAGUGUCUUCAACCUAGGUGACAGCCCAGCGUUCUUCUGGCUUCUUAUUAGCUUUUUUUAUGUACAAACUUUAACUUUCAGUCAUGAAAUAGUGAACAAAAAGGUUAACUUAAUGUUUAAUUCCUUUUUUUGAAACUUUUUGCGGAAGCGAGAGGUCACCAGGAAGUGACAUUUCAUUGACCUUUCGCCUCUCACGCACUCCUCCUGUGGUUGUGCCAAGGGGCCAGGGUUCUGGUGUAGAAGCAAGGUUUCGACUUCUCCUUCAGUUUUGCUUCGGUAUUGCAGUUUAACUGACGCCCGGCCCAGAAAGACUAUUUCCAUACACGGCCUCAUAGAGAUGUCAGAUUUGAACAUUCCUAAUAAGACACUUUAGUCAUCACAUUUGUGCACUAAACAUCCAUUGAAUUAUUCAAAUAAUUGUAGCUGAGGCCAAUAAUUUUUCUUCUUCUUCCCAUAACGCACAACUGAAGAUAUUAACAUUAUUUAUUGAUUCAAUGUCUGACGUUCUGUUUUGUGUCCGUGUUCUUUUUGAUAAUUUAGGCAUGUUUAUAAAUCCUUUAUAAAUUGGAAAAUAGAUUUUACUUUACUAAGACGGGAAAUAAUUCAUACAUAGACCUUUCAUGUGUGCGUUAUAGACCAGUAUGACCAACUUAAUUGUGAUGUGGAGGAGGGCUGUUAAUGAGUUAAGAAAGCAUCAAAAUAUGAGCCUCAACUACACAAUUUCAUCCGUAAAAUUUACUCUAGGGAUUCAACCGUGUGGGGAUCUUCAUGCACCAUUGACCUCAGUGAGAAGAAGAAAAGGUAAGUCACAGGCCGGUGGGGGAAAUGGGGCUGGUACAGGCCUUAUAAAAAUAAAUAUCAAAAGGCCAAAUUUUCCUAAAAUGGUUUGACCUUUUGGCCUAUUCACUAGCACUGGUAUGGCAGAAGAACACUUUGAGAACAGCCAUAAUGCUGUAGCUACUUUGUCAUUGUAAUAAUGCAUCUAUUAAGAUACCAAAAUAUGAGCUCUCGCAUAGCAUGACAUGAAUGCGCUAUAGAUAUGCUAUGAAUACAUUUCAUUAACCUUUAAUAAUGCGGUUGGGGACCAGUUAUAACACGUUCAUGAAAUGCUUAUAGAUGUGUAAUAAAUGCGUUAAAAAAGGACAAUUAGGCACUUAAAAAUAAACGUCUUCAUUGGAGGAUAGGAUGACAGGCUUUGGCGCAGGCAUUUACAUUAUUGUUACCUGAUUAAAGUUCACAUAGUUUAUGUAGAUAAUCCCUACUUUUGUUGUAUAACCCACAGUAAAAUAAUGCAUGAGCUUCAGUUUCAAAGGAAACCAUCGUUACAAAAAGUACAUACACGUUUAUCUAGGGGAGUGUUUUGUAUCGACCAGUCUCAAUUGAGAGAGGGGCCACUCCACAUCUAACUUUGGCAAAAGAGCUUUGAUAUUGCUUGGAUAAAACAGUACGUACCUAGGGUUCUGUCCCAAAAGUGCAUUUAAAAAGGCAGCAGGUGUGCAGUUUGUUACUUUAGGUUUGUUUAUUAGUUGGUACCACUUUAGUUCAAUGCUCUCUAAAAGUGCUGAUUCAAAAGCAUUACGGUCAUUUCUAGAAUACCCUGUCUAUAUCAGUUAACUCAAUCAUAUGGAUGGAGUUUAAAAAGGAUUUGGCAUGGUAUAUAAAACAUAUUAUUUGUAGUAGCAACAUCACAAUCCCAUAAAAAUUGACGUUUACAUAGACUUUCAUUUGACAUACUGCAAAAUCUCUGCAAAUUUAAAAGAAAUACAUAGCCAUAUACAGUUGAAGUCGGAAGUUUACAUACACCUUAGCCAAAUACAUUUAAACUCAGUUUUUCACAAUUCCUGACAUUUCAUCCUAGUAAAAAUUCCCUAUUUUAGGUCACUUAGAAUCACCACUUUAUUUUUAGAAUGUGAAAUGUCAGAAUAAUAGUAGAGAGAAUGAUUUAUUUCAGCUUUUAUUUCUUUCAUCACAUUCCCAGUGGGUCAGAAGUUUACAUACACUCAAUUAGUAUUUGAUAGCAUUAACAUUAAAUUGUUUAACUUGGGUCAAAUGUUUCGGGUAGCCUUCCAAAGCUUCCCACAAUAAGUUGGGUGAAUUUUGGCCCAUUCCUCCUGACAGAGCUGGUGUAACUGAGUCAGGUUUGUAGGCCUCCUUGCUCGCACAUGCUUUUUCAGUUCUGCCCACAAAUAUAGGAUUGAGGUCAGGGCUUUGUGAUGGCCACUCCAAUACCUUGUCUUUGUUGUCCUUAAGCCAUUUUGCCACAACUUUGGAAGUAUGCUUAGGGUCAUUGUCCAUUUGGAAGACCCAUUUGCCACCAAGCUUUAACUUCUUGACUGAUGUCUUGAGAUGUUGCUUCAAUAUAUCCACAUAAUUUUCCUUCCUCAUGAUGCCAUCUAUUUUAUGAAGUGCACCAGUCCCUUCUGCAGCAAAGCACCCCCACAGCAUGAUGCUGCCAACCCCCGUGCUUCACAGUUGGGAUGGUGUUCUCCGGCUUGCAAGUCCCCCUUUUUCCUCCAAACAUAACGAUAACAGUUCUAUUUUUGUGUCAUCAGACCAGAGGACAUUUCUCCAAAAAGUAUGAUCUUUGUCUCUUAGUGCAGUUGCAAACCGUAGUCUGGAUUUUUUAUGGCGGUUUUGGAGCUGUGGCUUCUUCCUUGCUGAGUGGCCUUUCAGGUUAUGUCGAUAUAGGACUCGUUUUACUGUGGAUAUAGAUACUUUUGUACGUGUUUCCUCCAGCAUCUUCACAAGGUCCUUUGCUGUUGUUCUGGGAUUGAUUUGCACUUUCCGCACCAAAGUACGUUCGUCUCUAGGAGACAGAACGCAUCUCCUUCCUGAGCGGUAUGACGGCUGCGUGGUCCCAUGGUGUUUAUACUUGUGUACUAUUGUUUGUACAGAUGAACGUGGUACCUUCAGGCAUUUGGAAAUUGCUCCCAGGGAUGAACCAGACUUGUGGAGGUCUACAAUUUUUUUUCUGAGGUCUUGGCUUAUUUCUUUUCAUUUUCCCAUGAUGUCAAGCAAAGAGGCACUGAGUUUGAAGGUAGGCCUUGAAAUACAUCCACAGGUACACCUCCAAUUGACUUAAAUUAUGUAAAUUAGCCUAGCAGAAGCUUCUAAAGCCAUGACAUCAUUUUCUGGAAUUUUCCAAGCAGUUUAAAGGCACAGUCAACUUAGUGUAUGUAAACUUCUGACCCACUGGAAUUGUGAUACAGUGAAUUAUAAGUGAAAUAAUCUUUCUGUAAACAAUUGUUGGAAAAAUUACCUGUGUCGUGCACAAAGUAGAUGUCCUAACCGACUUGCAAAAACGAUAGUUUGUUAACAAGAAAUUUGUGGAGUAGUUGAAAAAAGAGUUUUAAUUACUCCAACCUAAGUGUAUGUAAACUUACGACUUCAACUGUAGUUUUCUAGCCCAUAUCGCCAUGAAUAGCAGCAUUUGGUAUGUUAGCAUUCAAAUGAAGUACAGUUGUGCAAUGUCUGUAUAUGUAACAACUAGGGGUGUAACGAUCCAUCUACUACCAUCGAUGUAUCGAUUUAUAUUCCUAUGGUCCAACUACAUCGAUCUGUGCUCGGCGAGUUGGCCUUUUGGACAACAUAUAUCAAUCUAACAUCGUUUUAAAAUGUAAUAAAUCGAUUGUAUCGAUACUAGGAAAUAACCCAUUGGAUUUAAGCACGUCAGACUUUAUAUGGAUGUUUUUUCUUAGCACUUUUAAUGAUAAAGGCUUUAAACAUUACUCGAUUCAGUCUGCCUAUCCGUGACGUCAUCGCCCCGCGCCAGCAGUAGCGCAAAGGCACAAAGACAACAAAACAUAGCAUGGCGGACGACAGAGGAGAAGCCGACGAGCAAGAAAUUAUCAAGCCACCAUUGCGGUCCUUACAAGAAACAGGAAUCUAGGAAACUUCACCUGCACUGUCCAGUAUCCAGGUAUUUAUUUCAGUCACACUGGUUGAAUUUUUGGCUAAAAGGUUACUGAAUCGAUUUCAAGUCACUGAAUCGUUUCGGAUCGUAUCGUUCUAAAUGAACCAAUAUCGUCCUUGAAUCGUAUCGACAACCACAAAUCGUGAUACAAAUCGAAUCGUUGUUAAAGCGAAUCGUUACACCCCUAGUAACAACCCUUCAGUUUACACAGCAGAUGGAUUGAUGUUUGCUAAAGGUAAAUGUACUCAAGUGCUGUUGCUAUUGUCAUGCUUCUUUCACACAGCAGGUUAGGAGUGCAUUUUCAGAUGGGUGUAGGUUAGUACUUCUUAUGGGAUCUGCAUGUUUCCACAGAUCACCAUAGCAAUUAUGAUAGCGCUUGCGGAAUUCAAAUAUUGGCGGCUUGAAAGCAAACCAAAAUACACUUAAGAAGCACUUAGUUUAUGAACACCUGGUGCACAGCAUUUAGACUUGGUUGUGGUAAAGUACAAUCAUCACUUAGUGUGAGAGUGGACUAAAUAAUAUUUUCUGUCCUACAUUAGGAACACAUCGUGAUGCAGCUGAAGUGUAAACUACAAGAAUCAAUGGAUCUCUCACUCAAGACCCCCAACAGCUCAUUCCUCCCAGGUAAAUGAAACAGACCAAAUGCUUUACCUAUUCCAAUAUAGUUAAAGUCAAGUCAAGUACUCAUCAGAACAAGUCUGGAAACCAUGUCCACUUUAUCUUGAGCUGCAUUUAGCUUGUGUCAUAAGUACAUGUUUUGAAGCUAUACAUCACUCACAUUACUUACAAUCUUGUUGUUUGUAAACAAAUGAGUAAUACACCUUUAUCUUUUGGGUUAUAAUAAAGUAAGACAACAACACAACAUUUCUGCAUAAAAUGACUAAAGAAACCCCAAUAUUGGAUAACAGCUAGAUAGCUUUUUACUUAAAGGACAAGUUCAGGAUUUUACAACUUGAUGUUAGAUGGUUCCUUCCCCUAAAAGUAGUCUAUGGGCCAGGAGAAAUUGUAAUCCAUGUUUGGUUUUCUUUAAACAGCCACUACAAACGUCAGCUAAAUUUAGCCAUAACACAUACAUUUUUCCAGCAGCAGACUAUGAUCAAUAAUGUCAAAAGCCGCACUGAAGUCAAACAAAACAGCCCCCACAAUCUUUUCAUCAUGAAUUUCUCUCAACCAAUCAUCAGUCAUUUGUGUAAGUGCUGUGCUUGUUGAAUGUCCUUCUCUAUAAGUAUGCAGAAAGUUUGUUGUCCAUUUGUUUACUGUAAAAUAGCAUUGUAUCUGGUCAAACACAAUUUUUUCCAAUAGUUUACUAAGGGUUGGUAACAGGCUAAUUGGUCGGCUAUUUGAGCCUGUAAAGGGGGCUUUACUAUUCUUAGGUAGCGGAAUGACUUUUGCUUCCCUCCAAGCCUUGGGGCACAUACAGUAGGGAAAAAAAGUAUUUAGUCAGCCACCAAUUGUGCAAGUUCUCCCACUUAAAAAGAUGUAAGAGGCCUGUAAUUUUCAUCAUAGGUACACGUCAACUAUGACAGACAAAUUGAGAAAAAAAAAAGCAGAAAAUCACAUUGUUGGAUUUUUUAUGAAUUUAUUCAAUUAAGUAUUUGGUCAAUAACAAAAGUUUCUCAAUACUUUGUUAUAUACCCUUUGUUGGCAAUGACACAGGUCAAACGUUUUCUGUAAGUCACACACUGUUGCUGGUAUUUUGGCCCAUUCCUCCAUGCAGAUAUCCUCUAGAGCAGUGAUGAUUUGGGGCUGUCGCUGGGCAACACAGACUUUCAACUCCCUCCAAAGAUUUUCUAUGGGGUUGAGAUCCGGAGACUGGCUAGGCCACUCCAGGACCUUGAAAUGCUUCUUACGAAGCCACUCCUUCGUUGCCCGGGCGGUGUGUUUGGGAUCAUUGUCAUGCUGAAAGACCCAGCCACGUUUCAUCUUCAAUGCCCUUGCUGAUGGAAGGAGGUUUUCACUCAAAAUCUAAUUAUACAUGGCCCCAUUCAUUCUUUCCUUUACAUGGAUCAGUCGUCCUGGUCCCUUUGCAGAAAAACAGCCCCAAAGCAUGAUGUUUCCACCCCCAUGCUUCACAGUAGGUAUGGUGUUCUUUGGAUGCAACUCAGCAUUCUUUGUCCUCCAAACACGACGAGUUGAGUUUUUACCAAAAAGUUCUAUUUUGGUUUCAUCUGACCAUAUGACAUUCUCCCAAUCCUCUUCUGGAUCAUCCAAACGCACUCUAGCAAACUUCAGACGGGCCUGGCGGCAUAGUGUGUUACUGAUGGUAGGCUUUGUUACUUUGGUCCCAGCUCUCUGCAGGUCAUUCACUAGGUCCCCCCGUGUGGUUCUGGGAUUUUUGCUCACCGUUCUUGUGAUCAUUUUGACCCCACGGGCUGAGAUCUUGCGUGGAGCCCCAGAUCGAGGGAGAUUAUCAGUGGUCUUGUAUGUCUUCCAUUUCCUAAUAAUUGCUCCCACAGUUGAUAUCUUCAAACCAAGCUGCUUACCUAUUGCAGAUUCAGUCUUCCCAGCCUGGUGCAGGUCUACAAUUUUGUUUCUGGUGUCCUUUGACAGCUCUUUGGUCUUGGCCAUAGUGGAGUUUGGAGUGUGACUGUUUGAGGUUGUGGAAAGGUGUCUUUUAUACUGAUAACAAGUUCAAACAGGUGCCAUUAAUACAGGUCACGAGUGGAGGACAGAGGAGCCUCUUAAAGAAGAAGUUACAGGUCUGUGAGAGCCAGAAAUCUUGCUUCUUUGUAGGUGACCAAAUACUUAUUUUCCACCAUAAUUUGCAAAUAAAUUCAUACAAAAUCCUAAAAUGUGAUUUUCUGGAUUUUUUUUCCUCAAUUUGUCUGUCAUAGUUGACGUGUACCUAUGAUGAAAAUUACAGGCCUCUCUCAUCUUUUUAAGUGGGAGAACUUGCAAAAUUGGUGGCUGACUAAAUACUUUUUUCCCCCACUGUAUGUCAUUUAUCCUUGUUUCAUAGUGUUGUUUCUUCUUCUUUUUAUUCAGUUUAGUCACAUGAUUUCUCAAUUUGCAAUACGUUUGCCAAUCGUUUGUGCAGCCAGACUUAUUUGCCUUUCCUUUUGCCUCAUCCCUCUCAACCAUACCAUUUUUCCACAGGGAUUUAACCGUUUUUACAGUCAUUUUCUUAAUGGGUGCAUGCUUAUUAGUAACUGGAAUAAGCUAUUUCAUAAAUGUGUCAAGUGCAUUGUCUGUCUGCUCCACACCACGGACCAACAUAUGUUCUUUACAUCAACAUCAUAGGAAUCACUACAAAACUUAUUGUAUGACCUCUUAUACCCAAUAUUAGGCCCAGCUUUUGGAACUUUGGUUUUCCUAGAUAUGGCUACUAUAUUGUGAUCACUACAUCAAAUGGAUUUGGAUACUGCUUUCAAACAAAUCUCUGCAGCAUUAGCAAAGAUAUGAUCAAUACAUGUUGAUGAUUUAAUGAUUGUACUGUUUGUAACUACCCUGGUAGGUUGACUGAUAACCUGAACCAGGUUGGAGGCACUGGUUACAGUUUGAAGCUUUCUCUUGAGUGGGCAGCAUGAUGAAAGCCAGUCAAUAUUUAAAUCACCCAGAAAGUAUACAUCUCUAUUGUUAUCACAUACAUUUUCAAGCAUUUCACACGUUAUCCAGAUACUGACUGUUAGCACUUGGUGGUCUAUAGCAGCUUACCACCAGAAUUAGCUUUAGGUGAGGCAGAUGAACCUGUAGCCAUAUUACUUCAACAGGAAUGUGGUUCUGAAUAUAAACAGCAACACCUCCACCGUUGGCAUUUCGAUCUUUUAUGUAAAUGUUAUAACCUUGUAUUGCUACCACUGUAUCCUCAAAGGUAUUAUCUAAGUGAGUUUCAGAGAUAGUCAGAAUAUGAAUGUCAUCUGUUACUAGCAAAUUAUUGAUUUCAUGAACCUUGUUUCUUAAGUUACAUAUAUUAAUGUGGGCUAUUUUGAGCACUUUUCUUCUGGGAUGCCUGUUUUUAUUGCUUUACUGGGAAGCUUAGCAGCAGUAGAUGUGGUCAUGUUCUUUAUGUUAGUGCAGGUUGAGCUGCACACAGUGGCCUUCCUCCUCGGGCACAACGGCUCAGUGCUAACAGUACAAAUCUGGUUCUUAGGCACAUGAUUACUGCAUACAAUAGCUGUAGGAUCAGCAGAGGCAUUCAGGGCAGUUAGAGGGACAUAAAUUAGGUUACUUAAAUUGUGUCUACUGAAGCUCCUGUUGUAAUGUACAUUUGCUGAAGCAUUUUGACAACUCUGCGUCACAACGGUAGGGAUUAGCUGAGCUGGGCUUGGGUCCUUGCUAAGUCAUUGUCUCAACGCAGCCUUAUAAUGCUGUGAAAGGAUCCAGGAACCCAAAUGAUUUCGGUCAUUUGAGCAUGUGUUUUUUGUUCUUAAAAUUAAAUGGUCAAAUCACCUUAAAGUAACAUCAAACCGAAUACGAAGUUGAUUUCAUGUGAUUUGGCCACCAUCUAACAUCAAGUUGUAAAACCCUGAAUUUACCGUUUAAAAGCUUAUGCUUGUCCUGAAUCCUUUCUCUUAUGCAGAUGAUGUCACUGUGGAGUAUAACAAGAUGAAGAUGUGCUAUGAGAAACUGAUGGGUUGCUCUAGUACAGUACAAUUCACAACAAGACUGGAUUUGCACACAAAAACUACCGCAUUUGAAUCGCAGUCUGGGAAUGGUAGGAAGCGUGUACAGGUAUGUUUGUGGGGAGUUGAUUAACCACAUCUCAACCAUAGCAAUUUAGUCUGAGAGUAUUUGAUCCCAUGUACUAGGGUUGAUUGGUCUUCCUUUUUCUGUUACAGGUGCCAACAAGUGUAACAAUGUUAACUCCUGAGAUUGACAGAGAAUUUACAACACAUAACCGCAAGCCUACUUAUAGGUAACAAUUGAUCACUGAAACGUCCACUACUUUAUCAUGGCCUUAUCCUAUGGUCAUGUUUACCACUAAUCCAGAGGAGGUUGGUGGGAGGAGCUAUAGGAGGACGGGCUCAUUGUAAUGGCUGGAAUGAAUAAAUGGAACGGUAUGAAACACAUCAAACAUAUGGAAAUCACACGUUUGACUCCGUUCCAUUCAUUCAAUUCCUGCCGUUACAAUGAGCCUGUCCUAUAGCGCCUCCCACCAGCCUCCUCUGUACUAAUCAGUUCAACACAGAAUCUACAAAGAAAUUUGAUUUAAAAAAGAGUUUACAACUGUCACGUUUGGCCUUCGUCUGCCUUGCAGGCUCCAAUGCCCCAAGGCAGGUCUUUUCCAGUGCAGUUCCACUGGACUGGUGUUUCUGAUGGAAGGGAAGGGAGAUGUGCUUUACAUGAUGACUCAAUGGGACAGCAGCCUCCUGGGCUCCAGGAUACCUGCAGGACCCCUAUUCAGCAUUGAAUGCCCUGAACAGUCUGUCCGCCAACUGCAUUUCCCACACUGUAUCUGUGAUUGUAAGUGAUGCACCACUGUAUGUGUGAUGGUAAGUGAUGUAAUCAAAUUAGAUUUAUUUGUCACAUGCGCCGAAUACAACAGGUGUGGACCUUACCGUGAAAUGCUUACUUACAAGCCCUUAACCAACAAUGCAGUUCAAGAAAUAGAGUUAAGAAAAUAUUUACUAAAUAAACUAAAGUAAAUACUUCAAAGUAACACAAUAAAAUACAAUACCGAGGCUAUAUACAGGGGGUACCGGUACCGAGUCAAUGUGCGGGGGUACAGGUUAGUCGAGGUCAUUUGUAAAGUGACUAUGCAUAGAUAAUAAACAGCAAGUAGCAGCAGUGUAAAAACAAAGGGGGGUGUCAAUGUAAAUAGUCCGGGUGGCCAUUUUGAUUCAUUGUUCAGCAGUCUAAUGGCUUGGGGGUAGAAGCUGUUAAGGAUCCUUUUGGACCUAGACUUGGCGCUCCGGUACCGCUUGCCGUGCGGUAGCAGAGAGAACAGUCUAUGACUUGGGUGACUGGAGUCUUUGACAAUUCUUUGGGCCUUCCUCUGACACCACCUGGUAUAUAGGUCCUGGAUGGCAGGAAGCUUGGCCCCAGUGAUGUACUGGGCCGUAUGCACUACCCUCUGUAGCGCCUUACGGUCGGAUGCAGAGCAGUUGCCACACCAGGUGGUGAUGCAACCGAUCAGGAUGCUCUCGAUGUUGCAGCUGUCGAACUUCUUGAGGAUCUGGGGACCCAUGCCAAAUCUUUUCAGUCUCCUUUGGGGGAAAAGGUGUUGUCUUAACCUCACGACUGUCUUGGUGUGUUUGGACCAUGAUAGUUUGUUGGUGAUGUGGACACCAAGGAACUUGAAACUCUUGACCCGCUCCACUACAGCCCCGUCAAUGUUAAUGGGGGCUUGUUUGGCCCUCCUUUUUGUUUGGCCCUCCACCACACUGCCAGGACUCUGACUUCCUCCCUAUAGGCUGUCUCAUCGUUGUCAGUGAUCAGGCUGUUGUGUCGUCAGCAAACUUAAUGAUGGUGUGGAUCUGUUGGGGCGGUAUGCGAAUUGGAGUGGGUCUAGGGUUUCCGGGUGAUGGUGUUGAUGUGAGUCAUGACCAGCCUUUCAAAGCACUUCAUGGCUACCGACGUGAGUGCUAUGGGGCGGUAGUCAUUUAGGCAGGUUACCUUUGCUUUCUUGGGCACAGGGACUAUGGUGGUCUGCUUGAAACUUAGGAAUUACAGACUCGGUCAGGGAGAGGUUGAAAAUGUCAGUGAAGACACUUGCCAGUUUGUCCGCGCAUGCUCUGAGUACAUGUCCUGGUAAUCCAUCUGGCCCCGCGGCCUUGUGAAUGUUGACCUGUUUAAAGGUCUUGCUCACAUCGAGAGCGUGAUCACACAGUCGUCCGGAACAGCUGGUGCUCUCAUGCAUGCUUCAGUGUUGCUUACCUCGAAGCGAGCAUAAAAUAAAUGUAGCUCGUCUGGUAGGCUUGCGUCACUGGGCAGCUUGUGGCUGAGUUUUCCUUUGUAGUCCAUAAUAGUUUGCAAGCCCUGCCACAUCCGACGAGCGUCAGAGCCGGUGUAGUAGGAUUCAAUCUUAGUUCUGUAUUGACGCUUUGUUCGUCUGAGGGCAUAGCGGGAUUUCUUAAAAGCAUCCGGAUUAGUGUCCCGCUCCUUGAAAGCAGCAGCUCUAGCCUUUAGCUCGGUACGGAUGUUCCCUGCAAUCCAUGGCUUCUGGUUGGGAUAUGUACGCACGGUCACUGUGGGGACGACGUCGUCGAUGCACUAAUUGAUGAGGCCGGUGACUGAGGUAGUAUACUCCUCAAUGCCAUUGGAUGAAUCCCGGAACAUAUUCCAGUCUGUGCUAGCAAAACAGUCCUGUAGCAUAGCAUCCGCGUCAUCUGACCACUUCCGUAUUGAGCAAGUCACUGGUACUUCCUGCUUUAGUUUUUGCUUGUAAGCAGGAAUCAGGAGGAUAUAGCUUUGUAUGCAUCUCUGUGUGUGGAGUAAAGGUGGUGUAGAGUUUUUAGAAUAAUUUUUGUGGGUUGCACAUGUGACAUGCUGGUAGAAAUGAGAUACAACGGAUUUAUGUUUGCCUGCAUUAAAGUACCCGGCCACUAGGAUGAGCAUUUCCUUGUUUGCUUAUGUCCUUAUACAGCUCGUUGAGUGCGGUCUUAGUGCCAGCAUCGGUUUGUGGUGGUAAAAAGACGGCUACGAAGAAUAUAGAUGAAAACUCUUGGUAGAUAGUGUGGUCUACAGCUUAUCAUGAGGUACUCUACCUCAGGCGAGCAAUACCUCGAGACUUCUUUAAUAUUAGACAUCACACCAGCUGUUAUUGACCAGACGUAGCUGUUCUGUCCUUCCAAUGCACGGAAAACCCUGCCAGUGUCAUCGUUCAGCCACGACUUGGUGAAACAUAAGAUAUUACAGUUUUUAAUGUCCCGUUGGUAGGAUAGUCUCGAACGGAGAUCAUCCAGCUUAUUUUCCAGUGAUUGCACGUUGCCAAUAGAACGGAUGGUGAGGCGGGUUACCCACUGCCUACAAAUUCUCACAAGGCACCCCGAUCUCCUACCCCUGUAUUUCCUUAUUUUAUUGACGCGAUUGACGGGGAUUUGGGCCUGGUCUUGGAGAAGCAGUAUAUCCUUCGCGUCGGACGCAUUAAAGAAAAAAUCUUUGUCCAGUUAGAGGUGAGUAAUCGCUGUUCUGAUAUCCAGAAGCUCUUUUCGGUCAUAAGAGACGGUAGCAGCAACAUUAUGUACAAAAUAAGUAACAAACACUGCGAAAAAACAAACAAAAUAGCACAGAUGGUUAGUAGCCCGUAAAACGACUGCCAUCCCCUAUGGCGCCAUGUGUGAUGGUAAGUGAUGCAUCACUGUAUCUGUGAUGGUAAGUGAUGCAUCAAUGUAUGUGGGAAGGUAAGUGAUGCAUUAUUUCAGUAUAUUGAUUGUUUUAUACAUACACAAUAUAAAGAUUAUUCUAAUAAUAAAAUAAUAAAAUGGGUAAAGUGCCUUGCAAAGGUAAUCAUCCUCCUUGGCGUUUUUCCUAUUUUGUUGUAUUACAACCUGUAAUUUAAAUGGAUAUUUAUUUGGAUUUCAUGUAAUGGACAUACACAAAAUAGUCCAAAUUAGUGAAGUGGAAUGAAAAAAAUAACUUGUUUAAAAAAAGAAGAAGGUACUCUGGUCAGAUGAGACUAAAAUUGAGCUUUUUGGCCAUCAAGGAAAACGCUAUGUCUGGUGCAAACCCAACACCUCUCAUCCCCAGUGAAGCAUGGUGGUGGCAGCAUCAUGCUGUGGGGAUGUUUUCCAUUGAAGGAAUGAUGGAUGGCGCUAAAUACAUGGACAUUCUUGAGGGAAACCUGUUUCAGUCUUCCAGAGAUUUGAGACUGGGACGGAGGUUCACCUUCCAGCAGGACAAUGACCCUAAGCAUCCUGCUAAAGCAACAUUCGAGUGGUUUAAGGGGAAACAUUUAAAUGUCUUGGAAUGGCCUAGUCAAUGCCCAGACCUCAAUCCAAUUGAGAAUAUGUGGUAUGACUUAAAGAUUGCUGUACACCAGUGGAACCCAUUCCAACUUGAAAUUGCUGCAAAAGGUGGCUCUACAAAGUAUUGACUUUGGGGGGGGUGAAUAGAUAUGCAUGCUCAAAUUUUCUGUUUUGUUGUCUUAUUUCUUGUUUGUUUCACAAUAAAAAAUAUUGUGCAUCUUCAAAGUGUAGGCAUAUUUUGUAAAUCAAAUGAUACAAACCCCAAAAAACUCCAUUUUAAUUCCAGGUUGUAAGGCAACAAAAUAGGAAAAAUGCCAAGGGGGGUGAAUACUUUCGCAAGCCACUGUAUAACAUGACACUACCAUUGAAUAAUACAUUCAAUAAUAAUACAUAAUUUGGAUGAGACUUAGUCAAUUAAAGCAUUGUUCUUGUUCUGCAGGGGAGAAUGACAUUUUGUCCGUGGCCCAUGUAACUGAUGGCAACAUGGAGAUUGUUCAGCCACUCAAGACAACUGCUACACACGUGAUUGUAAACAUCACACACCUCUCCCUCUUUGGCCUCAUCGGAAAUUGGUUCUCCUUCCUCCCGGUGCGAAGCCAGGUGCUGCUGUUCCUCCGACCACAAGGGAACAGAUCCCAGAAGCGCACACUGAAUGUUAUUUUGUUGCCCAAGAAUGUGCCACUUUGUGAGGUAAUAUUUACAGUAAGAAGGAAUUCAUUCUGCACACUGCAAGAGCUGUUUUGUAGAAUGAAAAUGAACCUAGAUAUUGCUAUAGCUGGAUAAAUGGUGGUAAAAUGGCUCAUUACCAUUACUUGAUUUCUCUCAGAACUGUUAGUGUGAAUGUACACUGCUCAAAAAAAUUAAGGGAACACUUAAACAACACAAUGUAACUCCAAGUCAAUCACACUUCUGUGAAAUCAAACUGUCCACUUAGGAAGCAACACUGAUUGACAAUAAAUUUCACAUGCUGUUGUGCAAAUGGAAUAGACAACAGGUGGAAAUUAUAGGCAAUUAGCAAGACACCCCCAAUAAAGGACUGGUUUUGCAGGUGGUGACCACAGACCACUUCUCAGUUCCUAUGCUUCCUGGCUGAUGUUUUGGUCACUUUUGAAUUCUGGCGGUGCUUUCACUCUAGUGGUAGCAUGAGACAGAGUCUACAACCCACACAAGUGGCUCAGGUAGUGCAGCUCAUCCAGGAUGGCACAUCAAUGCGAGCUGUGGCAAGAAGGUUUGCUGUGUCUGUCAGCGUAGUGUCCAGAGCAUGGAGGCGCUACCAGGAGACAGGCCAGUACAUCAGGAGAUGUGGAGGAGGCCGUAGGAGGGCAACAACCCAGCAGCAGGACCGCUACCUCCGCCUUUGUGCAAGGAGGAGCAGGAGGAGCACUGCCAGAGCCCUGCAAAAUGACCUCCAGUAGGCCACAAAUGUGCAUGUGUCUGCUCAAACAGUCAGAAACAGACUCCAUGAGGGUGGUAUGAGGGCCCGACGUCCACAGGUGGGGGUUGUGCUUACAGCCCAACACUGUGCAGGACGUUUGGCAUUUGCCAGAGAACACCAAGAUUGGCAAAUUCGCCACUGGCGCCCUGUGCUCUUCACAGAUGAAAGCAGGUUCACACUGAGCACGUGACAGACGUGACAGAGUCUGGAGAUGCCGUGGAGAACAUUCUGCUGCCUGCAACAUCCUCCAGCAUGACCGGUUUGGCGGUGGGUCAGUCAUGGUGUGGGGUGGCAUUUCUUUGGGGGGCUGCACAGCCCUCCAUGUGCUCGCCAGAGGUAGCCUGACUGCCAUUAGGUACCGAGAUGAGAUCCUCAGACCCCUUGUGAGACCAUAUGCUGGUGCGGUUGGCCCUGGGUUCCUCCUAAUGCAAGACAAUGCUAGACCUCAUGUGGCUGGAGUGUGUCAGCAGUUCCUGCAAGAGGAAGGCAUUGAUGCUAUGGACUGGCCCGCCCGUUCCCCAGACGUGAAUCCAAUUGAGCACAUCUGGGACAUCAUGUCUCCCUCCAUCCACCAACGCCACGUUGCACCACAGACUGUCCAGCAGUUGGCGGAUGCUUUAGUCCAGGUCUGGGAGGAGAUCCCUCAGGAGACCAUCCGCCACCUCAUCAGGAGCAUGCCCAGGCAUUGUAGGGAGGUCAUACAGGCACGUGGAGGCCACACACACUACUGAGCCUCAUUUUGACUUGUUUUAAGGACAUUACAUCAAAGUUGGAUCAGCCUGUAGUGUGGUUUUCCACUUUAAUUUUGAGGGUGACUCCAAAUCCAGACCUCCAUGGAUUGAUAAAUUUGAUUUCCAUUGAUCAUUUUUGUGUGAUUUUGUUGUCAGCACAUUCAACUAUAUAAAGAAAAAAGUAUUUAAUAAGAUUAUUUCAUUCAUUCAGAUCUAGGAUGUGUUAUUUUAGUGUUCCCUUUAUUUUUAUGAGCAGUGUAUUUGAUCAGUUUGCUCUGAAGUAAUGCACCUAUAUUCUUCGAAGGUGGAACAUCAACAGAAGGGGAGUACUUUCAUUAAAUCCAGCUCCAACUGCACAUUGAGUCCUAGAGGAACAUAUGGUCUCUGCUGUGAGCUGGUGGCAAAUUCUAGGAUACAGCCAAAAGUAAGCAUGGCCAUCACACACAACCAUACAUUCCUAUAUGCACUAAGUGUACAAAACAUUAAGGACACUUGCUCUUUCCAUGAAAGACUGACCAGGUGCAUCUAGGUGAAAGCUAUGAUCCUUUAUUGAUGUCACUUGUUAAAUCCACUUCAAUCAGUGUAGAUGAAGGGGAGGAGACAGGUUAAAUAAUGAUUUUUAAGCCUUGAGACAAUUGAGAUAGAGGGUGAAUGGGCAAGACAAAAGUUUUAAGUGCCUUUUGAACGGGGUAUGGUAGUUGGUUUGUGUCAAGAACUGCAACACUGCUGGGUUUUUCACGCUCAACAGUUUACCGUGUGUAUCAAGAAUGGUCCACCACUCAAAGGACAUCCAGCCAAAUUGACACUACUGUGGGAAGUGGGGGUGUGACUCAAUAUUAGGAAGGUGUCCUUAAUGUUUUGUACACUCAGUGUAAGUAUUCCUUUGUAAUGUGCUAUUACUGGUUUGUGGUGUUGGGUUUGAUUAGUGGUUUUUAUGUGCAUAUACCUGACACCAUGAAGUUCCCACAGGAAAAAAAAGUUAAAUGUGCUUUAUGGCCAGCUACAUUUAUUUCUAGCUCUCUGUUUCUGUCUAUAUUUGGCUAAUGUUAUUUUUCAUUUUGUGUUUCAGAGUGGGCGGUUUGACUAUGACUAUAGCCCAAACUUCCACCCCACAUUUCAGGUGUUUUUGGACAGCAUUUCAGGUGCAGAGAACAUCAGACUGAGUCUUUUAGACAGAGGAAGUAACGACCAAAGAGUGUGGGAGUGUCUGGUUCCAGCAGGUUAGAUCAAAUGCCAGUUUGUUAUUAACCUGUACACCCCUCACCCCCUACUUAUUUAAACAGUAUACAACACACUGUACACCCCUCACCCCCUACUUAUUUAAACGGUAUACAACACACUGUACACCCCUCGCCCCCUACUUAUUUAAACUCUAUACAACACACUGUACACCCCUCCUUAUUUAAACUGUAUUCAACACACUGUACACUCCUCACCCCCUACUUAUUUAAACAGUAUACAACACACUGUACACUCCUCGCCCCCUACUUAUUUAAACUGUAUUCAACACAAGGGAUAAAAUACAUCUGAUUUGAUUUUCUUCUCCACAACUUCAGAUUUCGUACCACCUCAAGUCA